GGCGAAGCUAUGUCCUUGGCUGCAAUUGGUCGAUUCAAACUGGCUUGCCAGAAAGAGUGCGACAGGGUGAAGAGGCUUUCGCCUCUCUCCUGGACCAGCAAACUUGCAGGAUGCGGCCCGGGGAUGGGAUAAGCCUGAGCUUUGCGUCGCAGCAGCGGAUCCGGCAGCUGGAGCAGAAGCUGCGCGUGAGUUUCUGGGAAAGGGGUGCUUGGCAAGGGCGAAACUGCUCCGGCUUAGAGAGGGGGGUGACCAACUUGUCCUUGUGGCUAAGCUCCAUCAUCCCUUCCUUCCUUCCUUCCUUCUUUCCUUCCCUCCCUCCCUUCUUUUACAUAAUAAAUAUCGCAGUGAGAUGAGAGAGGGCAAGAACUCCUGCAGCAGCUCCCUGCCUGCAUAAUGCCGGAUUUACUUAUAAGCUAAACAAGCUAUAGUUUAGGGCCCCACUCUCUUGGGGGCCCCCAAAAAAUGUAAAGGAAAAAACAACUGCAUGUACGUUUCCAAAAUAUAAAAACAAACUUUUGUUAUUGCCAAACGCCAAUGUGUUUGCAUUAUUAAGUUUGUUAUGAAUAAAAAAUCAUUUUAAGUUAGGGAUUAAUAAUUAUUUCACUAUUAAUAUACUACUUCUUAAUUGUAUUUCAGUUCAACAAUUACUAUGAUAAAAUACAUAUUUUGUUAUAUGAAAAUGGCUUUAGAUGCCAAUAAGGUCCAUAAAUUACCAUAUAGCAUAUAUUCAACACAAAAAACAGCGACAAUUUGUUGUUGACAAAGAACAGCUGGACAUAUAAAGGGCCCCAUUGCCUUCAGUAGCUUCGUGCCUUAUCAAACCUAAAUCUGGCCCUGCCUGCAUUUGCUCAUUUUUGAAGGGAAAAUGAACCAUAGCAUGCUGAUCUUUCAAAUGGAGAACUGAGUUCUGGAUCCUGGUUAAGGCCCAAGUGUACUGAGGCUUGUGUGUCAGAGAAACAGAGUUUAUAUUGAAGAGUUUUGUCUGCUUCAUUUUAGUACACCAGUUAUGACCUGCGACAAAAUGUUGCAAUGUGGAGCGCUCAUGUUCGGCUUUCUAGCCUGCUAUUCUUGCCCCAUUCUAGGAUAUUCCAUUUGCACCCCUGCUGCCAACACAGACACAUUUUGUGGCCACUGAACAGGCUCAGUCCUUAUUGGGUUAAUGCCAUGGGGUGCCUCCUUAAAGGUCCCCCCUCCUAAAUAUUUUUUUUGUACCUCUGUCUCUUUGGGUCCCCCCUGGGCAUUUUGAUACUUCCUUCUUGCUUUCAAAUGACCCUCUCUGCACUACACUGUUGCUGGCAGUCUCAUAGAAUCAUAGUGUUGGGAGGUACCCUGAGGAUCAUCUAGUCCAACCCCCUGCAAUGCAAGAAUAUGCAGCUGAUCGAACUUGUAACCUUGGCAUUGUCAGCACCACGCUAUCCAGUCAGUAGCUUAGUUCACGAUUGGAAGAGGUAUCGCUUUGAAGGGGUUCAUGGUUCCUCUAGCUGUAGUUAGUGUGCUGCUCACACAACUGUUUCAUAUAACAUAUUGAGUGGAGAGUGAGUUUGCGCUUGUUGGUAGCACCCUCUUCAUGCUAAUCUGAGCAAAGUUUAUGUUCAUACAAGCUGUGUGCAUAGACUCUCCUUGUGUGAUCUGCACCCUGCUUGAUGAAGAUAUUCAAUAUCUGCAGGUCAGGAAGCUGGGCAUCAGAUGCAUUCCUCUUCCAUAUGUUAAGGGUAUGUGGUAUUGCUGUGCAGAAAGGACUCGUGGAAAGCUGCAACAAGACCCCAGUAUCAUGCCAAACACUUUUGGAACAAUGACGUGCACAUUUCAAUGUGAUUCUGACAUCUUUUAGACAGAGACAAUGAGGAUGAACACACUUUUUCCUACCCCAUCCAUGUAUGCUUUUGAAGUUGUUACAUUUUAAAUACACAAAUGAAUGGAUAUUUCCUCUUUGGAGUAGAACUGAACAAAUCUGCUGACAAUCUAAUCAAUUCCCUUUUGUAAUCCCUUCAUAUUUUCUGGGGCUACCAUUCUAGAAUCCUAAAGGGCAAUGCAAUUAAAUAGAUGGGGCCCAAUGAGGCUAUUUUCCACACUUCCUUCUCCAAUAUGUUGUACAGUUAGAAUCAUAGAAUCAUAGAGUUGGAAGAGACCACAAGGGCCAUCGAGUCCAACCCCCUGCCAAGCAGGAAACACCAUCAGAGCACUCCUGACAUAUGGUUGUCAAGCCUCUGCUUAAAGACCUCCAAAGAAGGAGACUCCACCACACUCCUUGGCAGCAAAUUCCACUGUCGAACAGCUCUUACUGUCAGGAAGUUCUUCCUAAUGUUUAGGUGGAAUCUUCUUUCUUGUAGUUUGGAUCCAUUGCUCUGUGUCCGCUUCUCUGGAGCAGCAGAAAACAACCUUUCUCCCUCCUCUAUGUGACAUCCUUUUAUAUGUUUGAACAUGGCUAUCAUAUCACCCCUUAACCUCCUCUUCUCCAGGCUAAACAUGCCCAGCUCCCUUAGCCGUUCCUCAUAAGGCAUCGUUUCCAGGCCUUUGACCAUUUUGGUUGCCCUCCUCUGGACACGUUCCAGUUUGUCAGUGUCCUUCUUGAACUGUGGUACCCAGAACUGGACACAGUACUCCAGGUGAGGUCUGACCAGAGCAGAAUACAGUAGCACUAUUACUUCCCUUGAUCUAGAUGCUAUACUCCUAUUGAUGCAGCCCAGAAUUGCAUUGGCUUUUUAGCUGCCGCGUCACACUGUUGGCUCAUGUCAAGUUUGUGGUCAACCAAGACUCCUAGAUCCUUUUCACAUGUACUGCUCUCAAGCCAGGUGUCACCCAUCUUGUAUUUGUGCCUCUCAUUUUUUUGCCCAAGUGCAAUACUUUACAUUUCUCCCUGUUAAAAUUCAUCUUGUUUGUUUUGGCCCAGUUCUCUAAUCUGUCAAGGUCGUUUUGAAGUGUGAUCCUGUCCUCUGGGGUGUUAGCCACCCUCCCAGUUUGGUGUCAUCUGCAAAUUUGAUCAGGAUGCCCUUGAGUCCAUCAUCCAAGUGUUGAUAAAGAUGUUGAAUAAGACCGGGCCCAAGACAGAACCCUGUGGCACCCCACUAGUCACUCUUCUCCAGGAUGAAGAGGAACCAUUGAUGAGCACCCUUGGGUUCGGUCAGUCAGCCAGUUACAAAUCCACUGAGUGGUAGCAUAGUCAUGACCGCAUUUUACCAGCUUCUUUACAAGAAUAUCAUGGGGCACCUUGUCAAAUGCCUUGCUGAAAUCAAGGUAGGCUACAUCCACUGUGUUCCCUUCAUCUACCAGGCUUGUAAUUCUGUCAAAAACGAGAUCAGGUUAGUCUGACAUGACUUAUUUUUCAGAAAUCCAUGCUGACUAUUGGUGAUCACAGCAUUCCUUUCUAGGUGCUCACAGACUGUUUGCUUAAUGAUCUGCUCCAGAAUCUUCCCUGGUAUUGAUGUCAGACUGACUGGGCGGUAAUUAUUUGGGUCCUCUCUUUUCCCUUUUUGAAAAUAGGGACAACAUUUGCCCUCCUCCAGUCUGCCGGGACUUCGCCUGUUCUCCAGGAAUUCUCAAAGAUGACUGUCAGUGGUUCUGAGAUCACAUCUGCCAGUUCUUUUAAUACUCUUGGAUGCAGUUCAUCUGGCCCUGGAGACUUGAAUACAUCUAAACUAGCCAAGUAUUCUUGUACUAUCUCCUUAGUUAUUCUGGGCUGUGUUUCCUCUGCUGAAUCAUUUGCUUCAAAUUCUUCAGGUCGGGCAUUGUUUUCUUUAUCGGAGAAGACUGAGGCAAAGAAGGCAUUGAGGAGUUCAGCCCUUUCUGUGUCCCCUGUUUGCAUUUCACCAUCUUCUCCUCUGAGUGACCCCACUGUUUCUUUGUUCUUCCUUUUGCUACGAACAUACCCAUAAAAGCCUUUUUUGUUGCUUUUAACCUCUCUAGCAAGCCUGAGUUCAUUCUGUGCUUUAGCUUUUCUGACUUUGUGUCUACACGUGCUGGCUAUUUGUUUGAAUUCCUCUUUGGUGGUUUCCCCUUUUCCAUUUUUUGUACACAUCCUUUUUAAUCUUAACUCAGUUAAAAGUUCUUUAGAUAGACACCAUGGCUUCUUUAGGCACCUUCCAUGUUUCCGUCUCAUUGGUAUUGCCUGACGUUGUGCUUUACUAUCUCCCUCUUAACAAACUCCCAGCCAUCAUGAACUCCCUUUCCUUUUAGUAUUACUGUCCAUGGGAUCUCACCCAGCACUUCCCUAAGUUUUAUGAAGUCGGCUUUCUUAAAGUCAAGAAAUUGAGUCCUAGUAUGCUUGGCUGCUCCUUUCCGCUGUAUAGUAAACUUCAGAAGAGCAUGAUCACUCGCGCCUAAUGAUCCUUCCACUUCUACCCCACUAACCAGGUCAUCAACAUAGGUUAGGACCAGAUCUAAAAUGGCUGUUCCUCUUGUUGCUUCUCCCACUUUCUGGACAAUGAAGUUGUCUGCAAGGCCAGUGAGGAAUCUGUUUGACCUUAUGCUCUUGGCUGAGUUUGACAUCCAACAAAUAUCCGGGUAAUUGACUGCCAGUGGCAGUUCAGAAAUAAUAUUACUGAAAAAGGGGAAAGCACAAAGAGGUGGAUGCAGUGAUGGCACACACAUUUUUGGGGGGAAAGAUUUUUAAUAAUGAUUUAGAGCUGUUGUGAUUUUUGUUAUUAAAAUGUUCUGCGAAAGUAGUGACUUAAAUCAAUGCAGAAUAAUACUUGGCCCCUGUCUUAAAUUGUUUCCAUGUUACAGGUGUCAGUUAACGCCCCCCCCAAAUACUCCCUUCCCAAAUUGUGUGAUAAGAGCUGAGCUUUAAACUACGUAUCAAAUAGCUGAUUCUUAGUGUAUACCAAAGGGUUCCUCAUACAAAUUGUCCCUGAGGCAAGGAUGACCAGAUAGUUUGGUGUAUUGUAAUGUGUGGCUUGGCUCUUAGAGUGAGAAACAGAUACAGUUGGGGAUCAGAGGAGUUGCUAGCAGUAAAUUAAAUUGGCUUCUUGUAUAACUUACUUUAUCCAUUUAAGUUCAGGCUUACCAUGUUUUCCCAGACAAAGCAAGAACGGAUCAUAGUGCUAGAAACAGAAAAUGCCCUUCUGCAUCUCAAGCUGGCAAAAGUAAGUACAGCAUAAUGUACUCCAUUUCCCCAUCCCACUGUAGUAUAUACAUCCCCCCCCACAAGCUUUCAAUUUCAACUUAUUAAUGGGUCAGACCUAUGUAAAUAAACACACUGAUCCAGGAAGCAUAGUUCCACAAUCUGAGUUCACUUUACAAAUGACUUCCAUCUAAUAUCCAUUGACCAGGAAGAUGUGCUUGCCAAAAGAGAGUUACUGACAGGUUGCUGGGGAAUGGCCAUAUCUCCAGGUAGGGCUGGGAGACACCCCACUCUGAAAUUGUGAAAAGCUGCUGCCAGUUAGUGGAGACAAUCCUGGACUAGAUGAAUGAGUGGUUUGAUUCAGCAUAAAGCACCUUCUGAUGUUCCCAGGUUUCUGAAAAAUGUGUAUCCUGCAUCUAGUUCCUGAUAUUAGAUCAGGUAUCCAGCUGAUGGGGACUGAAUGUGCUACAACAGGUGAUCUGACUGGUGCAAUUCAGCAUAAUACAACUUGAAUGGAGAUGUAUCUUCUUAUCCAUCUUGCAGCAUAGAUUUGAAAGUAUAUUCUCAUCACUUUCCCUGGGUUGCUAUGCAUAUUUGUGUGUAUUACUACAUCUUUCAGUUUAAGCAGAGUAAAAGCCAUCUGUCAACCUACAGGCACAACUAAAACAUUAAUUACUGUAAUUAUCACCUGACACAGCUCUUCCUGAACAGUUGCUGCUACCUAGAAUAGACAAGGGCCUAACUCACAAGUCUUUGGAUUUAUCUACGAACAUUAUAAUACUGGCUGUUUCGUUUUCAAUCCCUUCCACAUUAUCUCCAGCGUAGAAUAGGCAUUUUUUUUCACUGCCAGUUCUGUGAGUUGUAAUUUAAAUAAAUGCUUGUUAAGUGUUUUGGCAAUCUAAUCCAAAUCAACCACCUUAUUUUCAACAUUAUGCUCCUUUUUCUCCUCAUAAGGGCAAGACACCUACUUUUUACAGAAAGUGCUCCUGCCUUUUAUAGAUAGCUACCUUGAGCCUUCUCAUUAACCAUAUUGGCAUCCUCUUGAAUUCAUUUGUAUGUUUUCUUACAUGUGGAACACAUUUUACCUGACAUUCUAUUAGAGAGAAUUCAAGGCUACUGGAAAUUAUUUUAUAUUUGAUCCUCCCCUUUAAUUAAUACUGUCAUUUUUAGGAAGUGCAACAUUUCAACAUUUUCUGCUAUGCUGGUGCAAAUGAAAAUCUGUGGAGCUACAUGGGGAGACACUAUUAAUGCAAACAUUUUGCCAUGUGGCGUAGCUUCUUUGCAGCUGUGUUUCAAGUGAUUGCUUGCAAGAAUGAAUAAGUGAUGGGCCACAUGUUACAGAUUUUGCAUGUACCCUCUUCUACCGGAAAACACAUGAGGCAGAUUAUCCAUGUUUAUUUCGCUAUGGAAAAACAAUUCGGCUAUGAAAACACAUUGUAGUGCGCUGGUACUAAGCAUGGGUCUCUACAGUAAGGUUUCUCUAUGUUCACAUGAUGUAAUAAAUACCUGCUUCCUAGGUUACCAGGUUCAGAUUGCAUAACUAUUAUAAUGGUAACUUAUGCAGUGGUCCACUGAUCUGAAGUAGUAAUCUUAAUUGUCUCAUUCAGCAUAGUAUUUUUGUUGUUCUUGUUAAGUGGAAGAGGAAGAAAAGGUCUAGUGGAAACCACCAGUGUCUGAGAAACCUUUAAAAGAUGACAAUAUGUUGCUUCUUUUUUAUAGCUGCCUUAAUUUAAUUUUCAAGCCAUUGUUGAGCAUAGUUGACACUUAUCCUUGCUGAGGGAUUUUGCAUCUUGCACUGCAACACUGCUAGAGAUUUAGAAAACUUGGAACAGUUGGAGGCUGGGCCCGCAUUAGGGCAGACUGCAGGGAUUAGUGGUAAUAGCAACUGCCAGCCAAGAGGUUCUAAUCUAAUGUGAGACUGUAAAUUGCUGGGUGACCUCAUGAAAGUCUCUUGCCCUUGUGGAGGCUUGGUUAACUCUUUAAGGAUAAAAACGGGGAUCAACUGAAACAAAAUAGAACUUGACUGAAAACCAGAUGUUGCCUUUUGAGCUCAGCUUCCCUGCGAGUACUUACCAGAAUAACGUGGUGGAGAAAUAUGAUGACUGCAGUGCUUCAAAGUCUUCACAUGUAUCUCUUCAGGAGCUUACAAUUUUAUCUCAGAUGAAACCAUUUGUGACAUGGACUGCUUGCAUCUUGACACUUAGCUUGCAAGAAACAACCAUCAAAGGCAGGUAGCAGCUCUGACGCACACCCAAAAGACACUGACUGGCCUAGCCAGAAAAGGAUGGUGAGCAGCUGAAGAAAUGACUUGUGCUUGUAUCUGGAUACUAAGAGGUUGCAUUUAGCUGUCAUGGCAAUAGAUCUAGUUUAUUGGGGGGGGUGAUUUAAACCAUAAUUUUUCCACCGCUGCCUUCUCUCAUUACAACCUCUUGUCUUAAUGCAUAUGUUGUGUAACAUAAUACUUCCUUUCUGUCCCUUUUGAACCUGCUGUCAAUCAUUUUCACCCAAUUGCCUACAGCAGUGGUUCCCAACUGGUGGUCCACAGACCCCAGGGGGUCUGUGACACCAUUCACAAAGCAAAAACUACCAUAGAGGUAUCAAUGUUUUCAAAAGUAGGGGGCUUUGUUUUUAAAAAACAGGAGGUUUGCAGUACUUAGCUAAUUGUGAACUACUGGCCUACAGCAUUUACUCUGGUUUUGAUCAUAGCCAGUCACCUUACUGAAAAAACAAACACACACCAGAACCUUUUAUUUGAUCUUCAGCUGUAAUCCACAGACCACUUCAGAAAAAGAACCAUAUCAAAUCCGUUGGCCUUUUCAGCAGUAGCGUAUGCAGGGGGUAGCAGAGGCUUACUAUGGCUUACAGCUGUCAUAAAUGCCUGCAUCUCAUCAGAUUUGUUACAUGAAACUUAAAAAAGAAAUUGUCAGGGGAUUGACACAGAUGCACCUCACACAGGGCACGGGAGCUAUGCAACAGAAACAAUUUUGUGCACAGCUGCAUAUAUCUUGAUGGAAAUCUACCAGAAAAAAUUAAUGUCUGUAUUGAGCAUGAGAGUUUCUACAUAUUGGAAAAUAUACCAACCUUCAUUGUCCAUGAUAAUGUGGAGUAAAAGAUUAAAUGACAACAGACACUUGGAAAGUGGCAAGAAUGUUAGGGUUAAAUGAACUCAUCUGCUCUCAAAAUUGAUUUUCAUUUCCCCUCUCUUAUGAAUAGAAAUGGGAUUUCAGAACUUUUUAAUAUAAGAAGUCAAAUGUUAAUCAAUUCAUUGUGUCUACAGCUAUAAUCUCCCACUGCUGACUUAAGUGGAAGGCUGUCAUUCAUUCAAAUAGACAACGUUUUGUGAGAACCUACUUAGAAGCUGAAGGUGAUCAAACAUUUCAUGCAUAAAGGAAAACAGAAAAACUAGGGGUGGUAGAAAACCAUUGCUUCAUGUGAAAAAAUUCAAUUCCUCACAUCUAGCCUUUGCAUAAAAAUACAAUGAACUUUUGUGGGUUAUAACACUUGACUUUCUGAAUGUUUACAUUUUAUGUUGUUGGGCUUUGUAGAAAUCUCCAAUUCCCAGUCUAUUUGUCUUUUUGAACUAUCUGGGUUUUUAUUUUUAAACAGAAUCAAGGAAUUAUUGGGAAAAUCUCAGGUGAAGAAGCAAAUGAUAGCUUUGAUUAUUACAAGCAGCAGAAGUGUCAUGGAAGUGUCAGAUCUGUUAUAAUUCAGCUGCAUGAAGCCAUACAGGUAAAAGCACUCAGACUGCAGUCCUACAAGCAAGCUUGUUUUCUGCUGCUCCAGAGAGUAGGAGCCAAACCAAUGCAUUCAAAUUACAGUGGUACCUCGGGUUACAUAUGUUCAGGUUACAUAUGCUUCAGGUUACAGAAAUAGUACCUUGGGUUAAGAACUUUGCCUCAGGAUGAGAACAGAAAUCGUGCUCCGGCGGCACAGCAGCAGCAGGAGGCCCCAUUAGCUAAAGUGGUGCUUCAGGUUAAGAACAGUUUCAGGUUAAGUACGGACCUCCGGAACAAAUUAAGUACUUAACCCAAGGUGCCACUGUACAAGAAAUGAGAUUCUGACUAAACUUCAGGAAGAACUUUCUGGCAGUAGGAACUGUUCAACAGUGGAAUCGACUUCCUCCGGAGGUGGUGGACUCUCCUUCCUUGGAGGUUUUUAAGCAGAAUUUGGAUGGCCAUCUGUCAUGGAUGCUUUAGUUGAGAUUCCUACAUUGCAAAGGGGUUGGGCUAGAUGACCCACAGUGUCUCUUCCAACUCAAGAAUUCUAUUCCACCUGGGAGUAAGCCCUAUGGAAUUCAAUAGAACUUACCUUCUGAGUACACAUACAAAUGCUGCACCAUCAGAAUUUGAAAGACUCUGUACGCAGAGAAUUUUUAAAAUGUAACUUGACCUUUAGGAGCCUCUUAUUAUUUUGUUGUUUUUCUUCUUUUCUAAAGGUCUUGGGUUUGGGCACAGGUGAUUUAAUUGAUUGAUUAGACAGUUUUAUACCACAAAGCAGUUUACAUGAAACAUCAGUAAAUUAUUAUUUAAUCUGAAUGUAGACCAAAAUGGGUCCAGAUAAUUCUGCUGGAAGAAGCCCAGUGUAAAUAGUCCCCAGUGGGAAAUCAUAUUGCUUGUGAAACACCUGGACGGAGGAUGGGUUACAGUAAUAAUAAAUAAUACAUGCCCCCACAGCUUACCUUGGGAAUCGUUGGCAUGCAAUUCCAAUAUAUACUCACACUGGGAAUCCUAGUGCAGUGAUAUUCUGUGAAAGGUCGUAUAAAUCCCAUCUGAGUUAGUAGGAAUUAAAUUAGUGUAGAACUGCAGCCAUAGGAAGGAAUUAAAAGUUGCACCAAGGUAAGUGUUCUGUCAGUGCGGGAAUUUCAGCUUGCCGGACAGAAUGAUCUCCCCUCUCCUCUCCAUGUGCUGUUCUGGGGGCUAUCCCACCCCAUUCCUGUCUGAACCUCCUGGCCAGAUCCAGUUCCCAAUCCCUGCAAUAAGGGGAUGGGCAUAUAUAUCCCUGUGCCUAUACAGGCAUAUACAUGUGCAUAUGUAUACACAUACAUAUGCACUUGCACGCCUGCUGCAGGACCUCCUGCCGGGCGCGCAAGGCUUGCGGACACUCACCCGAAGCACGGGGAGUCCUCCGGAGGGCUCUGCGUGCUUCGGGUGGCAGGCUGCCACCCCAAGCCUCGCGCGCCCGGCGGGACCUCCCGCCGGGUGCGCAAGGCUUGCGGACACUCGCCAGGGUUGCAGGCUGCUGCCCGCAAGCCUUGUGAGCCCGCGGGGCUUGCAAGGCUUGUGGAUAGCUUCCUGAAGCCUGGAGAGCGAGAGGGGUCGGUGCGCACCGAUGCCUCUCGCUCUCCAGGCUUCAGCGAAAGCCUGCAUUCGCCCCAUAGGACGCACACACAUUUCCCCUUCAUUUUUGGAGGGGAAAAAGUGCGUCCUAUGAGGUGAAAAAUACGGUAUACAGUGGUGCCUCGCAAGACGAAAUUAAUUCGUUCCGCGAGUUUUGUCGUCUUGCGAUUUUUUUCGUCUUGCGAAGCACGGUGUCGGGAAAGUUUUGGAAAAGCUUCAAAAAUCACCAAAGUCUUUAAAAACCUCAAAAAAGGCUACCACACCGCGUUCUAGGAGUUGCUCCUCGAAGUCAAGUCGCAACUGUAUUAACGGUGUUAAGAAACAGGAAACAAACUUGCAAGACGUUUCCGUCUUGCGAAGCAAGCCCAUAGGGAAAAUCGUCUUGCGAAGCAGCUCAAAAAACAAAAAACCCUUUCGUCUAGCGAGUUUUUUGUCUUGCGAGGCAUUCGUCUUGCGAGGUACCACUGUAUAUACACACAUGAAGCUGCUCCUUUGCUUUUUCUCUCCCAAUACCCUAAAGAGUGUUCAUAGGGAUGCUGAUGGUGCUGUGGUCUAAACCACUGAGCCUCUUGGGCUUGCUGAUCAGAAGGUUGGCGGUUUGAAUCCCCACAAUGUAGUGAGCUCCUGUUGCUCUGUCCCAGCUCCUGCCAACCUAGCAGUUCGAAAGCACACCAGUGCAAGUAGAUAAAUAGGUACCACUGCGACGGGAAGGUAAACGGCAUUUCCGUGUGCUCUGGCUUCCAUCAUGGUGUUUCAUUGUGCCAGAAGCGGUUUAGUCAUGCUGGUCACAUGACCCGGAAAGCUAUCUGUGGACAAAUGCCGGCUCCCUCGGCCUGAAAGCGAGAUGAGCACCACAACCCCAUAGUCGCCUUUGACUGGACUUAACCAUGCAGGGGUCCUUUACCUUACAUUUACCUUAAAUACUGUUCUUUCUGUUUCUUAAAUAGAAAUUAAAGCAAGAAGUGAAGAAUCUCCGUUUGUCUGCCCUCACAUUCUCCAGAGAUGUCCAGCAUCAGAGCAAAACUUACCUUGGUCAGAUUUUGGCUGCUGUCCAAAGGCUUCAGAUGCAUAAUGAGGCUAUGCAAAGUAAGAGAUGAGUACCUUUGAAAGCUUAUCAGGCUGGCAUCUAAGGUGCUUGAACCAUAUGAGCAGUGCCACCGUUGGUAGCAGCUCGCAGAAUUUGCAAUGAAAGUUCUGGCUUUGGGUUGAGAGGCAACUUUUUGCUGCUGCCAGGACUUCACACAAAGCAGAUGUACUGCGCCAAGAGCAUACUACAUCUCUGGUCCACUCAGAGAGUGGAUGGGUUGUCUUCCUGUCCCCUUGGACUAAGAGUUACAGGGGUUAGGCAAAAGCACCUAGCCAUAACUAAAAGUAGUGAUAAGGUUAAAACUUACUGGGAAAUGAUAUAUAAUGAAAUAAAAAGGAUGUUUAAAAUAACCUUUGUAAAAAACCCAGAAGCUUUUCUUUUGGGAAUUAUAGGGACAGAACUUCCUAAACUAUAUAGAAGCGUAUUCAUGUAUGCUACUACAGCGGCAAGAAUGUUACUUGCCCCAAAAUGGAAAGAGGCAGAAGUCCCAGCAAAGGAAGAAUGGUUACAAAAACUUAUAGAAUAUGCAGAAAUGGAAAAACUUAGCAGAAGAAUAAGAAAUCAAGAUAACUUUUUUUUUAAUAUAAAAAAAUGGAAAUGGUUUAUUGAAUAUUUACACAUAAACAGAUAAAAACAUUGGCAGGAUUACUGUAAUAACCUGCAGUUUCAUAAGAGUGUAUAUUUAAAGAAGAUGAAUAAAUGAGCAAAUUAAGUUAAUUUGGAUAUGUAGAAGAUAUUAAAAACAAAUUUAAGGAACCGCAGGAAGGGGGAAGGAAGUCAGGUUUUGAAAUGCCAAAAUGAUUGUAAAAUUAGUGAAAUGUAUAAAAUUAGUGAAAUGUAUAAACUUUAAAAGUAGGAAUUUGAAAAAAAUAUUUUUUUUAAUGAAAGUAGUGAUGAGGUGGAGCAUGUUUCUAUGGAAACUGAGCAAUGAAAAUACAAGCACAGGUCUGGGCAGCCUGUGGUUUUUGAAAUGAUGCUGGAGAACACUGUCUAUGGCUACCAGCCACAAUGGCAAUGGUCUUCCUUCACUGUCAGAGGCAGGAGGCCUCUGAAAACCAGUUGCACAAGUUGUCACAAGUGAGGAGAGCACUGUUGCAUUCAUGUCCAGCUUAUGACCAGCUGCUGUGAGAACAGGAUGCUAGCUAGAUGGGCCUUUUGCCGGAUUGAGCAGGGCUCUUUUUAUGGCCUUCCAUUAGACUCAAAUUCCCAAUUGCCCCAGUCAGAAUUGCCAAUAGUCUAGGAUGAUGGGAGUUGUAGUCCAGUGACAUCUGAAGGACCGCAGCUGCCCUACUUUUAAUAUAAACAUUGCCCAGGUACUUCGGUUCAAGGUCCAUCUUGCCCAGCACUCUGUUCCCAGCAGCAGCUGACUGAAUACCCCUGGAUGCUCCCAAGCAAGACACAAAGCAGCAGCAAAGUGCAAUUUGGGUAGAGCUAUGGCAUACCACCAUGAUGCACUCAUGGCAGAGCUUCUCUACCCAUGGACCAUACAAAUGUUUUCAGUGCAGAGAACAAAGUCUCAAAUGAGAGUGCUGGACUUGAGGCUCUCUGUGAUAAUAUUUGCAUAUUCCAUUUUUAUAUGGCUUCUUGCUUGGAGGCAAUUGUGUGCAGAUGCUCUCAGGCCCAUGCCUGAGGGGGAAAUAGCCUAACAGUUCUGUGAACAUUUGUGAAAAUGUCUUAUCAGCCUUUCAGACCAGAGCCUUUGAACUUGAGCAGUCCGUGCAUGAAGUAAACGAGCGAUACCAGAAAGAAAAACAAAGGAGAAAAGUACUUCAUAACAGUUUAAUUGUAAGUGUCCUGGUAAUUGAGUCUGCAAUGUCUUUUAAAAGAUCUGCAUAAAUAUCAUAGUUGCCAGUGUGCAACUUGAGAUGACUUUCCAGUUCCUUUUUAUCAGUUCCUGUAUCUGCAUGGGAGGCUGUGCUCAUGGCUUCUCUUGUCUGCUCUUUCCAAGGCCUGUUGCCUUCCCUUUAUUCCCAGCUGCUGUGGGACAAAAUGAAACAGCCUCUUCAAACUGUGGGGCUUUUUCAAGAAACGGUUGGGUUGUCUGAAUUGAACCUUUUAAAAUAUGCCUUGACUUCAUGUGCUGUGUAAUAACAUUUACUUUCACUAGUGCAUCAGUCAGAUUACAGUGUCUUAAAAAUGGGGAAAGAAAGGCAGACUAAGGAGAUUAAGACCAUCAUCUUUCAUCAAAAUCCUGGUCUGGGGUAAAACCACCUUGGACACUUUUUCACUCUCUGUGGUAAUUUAAUGAGGCAGAGCUUCAAUAGUCAUGAGGCAAGAUAGCAACACCACAACUUUCUGUAUUUUCUUACCGCAUCUGAUUCACACCAUUUCAUUCACGAGUUUUUAAAACUGCCGACUAUGUUUCUGCAUUGCAUCCUCAGGAACUAAGGGGAAAUAUCAGAGUCCAUUGCAGGAUCCGCCCAUUGUUACCAUUUGAUGCACCUCCUGGAGAGUCAGACUUAAAAGACAGGUAAUUUAUUUCAUGAAUAUAGUUAUGUUAACUGACACUCGGAUGUCUUUCCGGCGCCAGGAAAAGACCUUUUUAUUUUCCUAGGCUUUUAAACUUUUGUUGGUCUGUUUUAUUUGGGUGUUGCUUUAAUAGAGUUGCUGUUUUUGGCUGAAUUUAUGAGUGUUAGAUAUUUAUUGUAAGCCACGCAGAUAAUGUGUUUGAAAGCUCAGGUACAAAUCUGAAUCAUAAACAGUCUAAUUGUUCUCCUUCUUUUUGAAAAUGUUGGUUAGAUUCUGCAUUUUUACAUACUUUGGAAGACAUUUCCACUUUACAAGUGGGAUCUGCAACAAACUUGCAUUGUAUCCUCACACCCUAACAGGAAUGUUCCUGUUUAGAAUUCCAGCCAGUCAGAUGUGUUCUCCUCCAAGGCAGUAGUGGGAUCAAGCAAGCCAGUUUACUCCUCUGUCUCCCAGUUGUCCAUUUUUCCUCAACAAACAUUCAACAUUCUUUAGCUCUUGCAAGGCAUUGAGCACGAUGAAUCCUCUUUUGGCUGAGGAGGCUUUUGGUGGGUGGAGGGGGAGGUUGUCAUGUCCCUUUUGGUUUUUAAAAAUGUUUUGUAUUUUUGUGUGCUCAUGGGCUCAUCCAGGCAUGUUAAUGGUUCCCUCUUGCUUCUCCAAUUCUGUAGGCACUCAACCAUCUGAAUUCUCUGUUAAAGGAAAUUAGGGUGAUUUUUACUCAUGUCUCCUUUUAUAGCCUUCCAGCUUCUUAGAUCUGGAGGAUUCUGACAUCACCAUUGUCGGGUUCAGAUUACAGGAGGUAACAACGUGCUUGGGCUCUGACAUUCAAGCCCUGCCCCCAGCAUCCCCAUACGUGUGGCCCUCCCCACUCCAUCCCCAACCUUCCUCAGGCUGAGCAAGGAAGCUGCAAGAGGGCUUUUAUUUGCCUUUCCUUGGAAUGCCAUGCAUGACUGGGGACCCUGUUUCAUGCCCCUGUCUCCAUUCAUUGAUUCAACGUUUUGUCUUUAUCUUCUGAUUAGCUUUCAUGAAGGUGGAAGCGCCUCUGAAACAUCCUUUUGUAUCCUCUGAGCUGGGCAGAUCUUGUGCAUAACUCAGUAUGGAAGAUGCUGUGAGGGCAGAAAAGAAAGCAGAGAUGCUUUCUGCCUGGCUUCCUUGCAUAAUCCUCCCCGUACUCCAGGCUUGGUGGGGUCCCAGGAAACAGUUUGGGGGGCUGAACAAAGCCCUUUCCAGACUGCUAGCUAUCCUUUUUCCUUUAAAGAAAGUAAUGGGAUUUUUCUUCCCAAUGAAUCUGUGAGUACACUAUCAACAAAGGCAAUGAAAGAUGGAGCCUUGAAAGUAGGCAAUUCCCCUUCCUUAUUGGCUCUUCCAGGUGACCUGCUUGUUGAGCAUGUAUCACGAUGUACAUGAAAGCUACAUCAUAACUGGUCUUUUGUUCUGAUUUGUUUAUGGUCUGGUUACAUGACAGUGAUCAGUCAUCCCGCAUUCAUCCUGAUUUCCUUACAGGGUGCUUGUACAUCUUCCCAUUAAUCAUGUCUUCCUUUCACACACCUUAAUGCACAUCCUUGUCACUUUGCAAACUGCAAGAAGUCCCAUUCUUUUCGAAAGUGGAUCUCUUGGGUGACAGAGCACUUUAAUACACUUUAAUUGUGCAAACUUGAAUCUCUCCUGCAAAACAUUGGCAAUCUGGAGGCACCCAGAAUGACUGUAUUGAGUGUUUGUUUUUCUUACGUUGCUCACCAAACUGUCUUGCUGUUCAGGUUCCAUUAACUCACCCUUUUCCCAUGUCACAUCCCUCUCGAAGGCUGAAAGAACAGAAGGGAUAGGCUGAUGUAGCAAGCCUAUACUGCUACUUUAUAAUCUGUUGCUUUGUAAUCAACCCUGAUGUAGGGAAAUCAAUCCCAGAAAGCCACAAGAAGUGUCUCUUUAUGUUUGCUUGUAUAUGGGUUUAAGAAGGUUGUAUUUAUUUCUGUUUGCUAAGGUUUGGGAAGGGGGGAGGAAUAAAAUACUGCUGCAAUUUGAAAAGCAAUUACAACUAAGAGGAGAGCUGUGUAAUCUAGGAUUUUUAUGGCUCCAAGGAACACAAUUGUUUUUCUGAGGCUCUCCAAAUAGCGGUACGUUUAUCUGCAAAACUGCAGCGCAAAGCGGAGUGGUCAGUGCUCCAGCACAGGUCUAAGCAUCCAGUGUUUCUCCGCUCUCCCCAUACAUUUCUCAGCAAAACUUCCUUUUCUCCCAGCACUUAUACAGGUAGGCCCACACAGCUACAGCUGCACACUCACACUUCCAUUUCCCUUCAUGUAGUGCUCUGUUUUUCAUGUUGUCCAAGUUGCUAGCGCUCACACUGUGUUACGAGCUGAGGGUGGAAUUCUGUGUAGCGCUAAGGAGUAUGCAUGUGAGGAACGAGGUCCGUUGGCACCACGGGAUUGUCCCCUCUCCUCCCGGUGCCUCCUAAGCUUGUCCUGGGCAUUCCCCCACAUCUUCUGGAGCAGAUUUAGGGGGGAAGGAUGGGGGAGAGUGGACCUUGUUUUCCAUACGCAACAAUUAGUUGACUCCUGCCCAUAGUUUGAGCCUGCAUGUUUAUUAUUUUUCAUUUGGAAAUAGCAACUGGGGGGUGGGCGUUGAUCAGAAUUGGGAUCAUAGAGGGGAUAGAAGGUUUUUAAAGCCAUUUUAACCCACAAAGCAAGGUCCUGACAAAGAUCCUCCACACUUGUUGUUUGUUUCUUUCCAAUAACUGCUCCCAACAGUAGAGGAGUUUCGUGAGCAAAUUCUGAGAUGGUUGCUGAUGACCCAAAUGGGUUGGGUAACGUCUCUCUUCCUGUGAUGGUGGCAGGAGAAAAGCAUCUAUACCCCACGCUUCAGCCUGAAAAGCUCUCAGGGUGGCUUGCAUAUCAAUAAAAACAACACAGCCCCUGCCCUCUGUCUAAAAAGACACAGCACAUAAGGAAAAAGGAAUGGGGAAGGAAGAGGAAAACAUUCAUACUCCGGCACCAAAUUCUUAAUGUUGCAAGGUUCUUAUAAUGACUAGCUUGGAUGGGAAGAGACUGUUUACAGUACAAAAGCAGACCUUGGUGGCCCCUGAGAAAUACUCUUCCUGGAAGUGACUAUAAUGCUGGAAGUUGUUGACCUUAUAGGGUGGGGUCUUCGCUUGGCCUAGCUGGAAUUGCUUCUUGUAAGUCGCAUCAUGACAGGGAGACUCAUACUGGCCCAGCUGGUGCUACCAUUCUCAGAGGAGAUGGUCCUCUCUUUCUCCUCAGAGGACAGCUGGACUUGAUAGUCUCUGGGGGAAGCAGCAGCGAAUGAAGGUGGCUGUUCUUGUUUGGAUGCCAUCUGCAUAUUUUAUUACCAGGAAUGUGGCCUCUGCUUGCCUCUGUUCUGGCGAGGCAGUCACAGUAUUCAGAUGUAAGGAACAGGAAAAGGUGGUGUUUGCACAUGGUAUCACAACUAUUUGGCAAUUUCCACACCUGGGGUCACAGUCUGAGCUUAAGACCAUUCCUGCAGCUUGCUUAUCUUUGUGGUUAUUCUAGCCCUGACUGUGUCUCUGCCUCCUGGUUGUCAGGUUCACUCUAGGGUGAGUAGCACUCAGUGUGAGCCUAGGGGAAUAAUCAGAAAACUCUUCCCCAUCUAGCCAGAAGGCCAGUGUAGGUUCUACAGGGAGAAGCAAGGGGCACACAUUUUGCCACUAACCUGUGGCAUAUCAUUGGGCCUUAGGCCCCUUGGUUUCUUGGGCAUUUGUGCAAUUGGCUGUUUUGUUAAAGUUUAUGCAAAUUGCUGGUUGUGUUCUUCUUGAAUGUUUUGUAAGUUAAUACAUUUUGUUGUCAAAAAGGCAGAGAAAAAUCCCAGAAAAUGUGGUGUGUGAAGCUGAUGAUGUGAGUAUAUUUAAGUUUCUAUGGCUUUUAAUGCUUGUGUUGUCUGUUUUUAUUGCUGUAAACCGCUUAUCCCUUGUGGGAUAAGAAUGAGUGGGCCGUGAUAUCUUCACUUUCCAAGAGCUUUGCAUCCUCACAUGCAGCAUUCGCUUUAUGACUGACUCCCCAUCCCCAUGUUACCCUCCCCAUUUCUCCAUCACACUGUAUAGCCUCCUUAGUGACUGUGGCUAGGAAGUUAUUUCUGGCACUGUGAAGUGAGUUCUGGCCGUCCCUUGUUAAUCAUUUUCUUCUAGCAUAUCAAUGUGCAAAAGGCUUUGUUUGCCCUCACUGUAACUCUGCGUGUGCAUCUGUGUAAGUGUAAGGGGUUACAGUCGUACCUUGGAAGUUGGAGGGAAUCCAUUCUGGAAGUCUGUUCGACUUCCAAAACGUUCAGAAACCAAGGUGCAGUUUCUGAUUGGCUGCAGGAAGCUCUGUAAGCCCCGUCAGACAUUCGGCUUCCAAAAAUAGUUUGCAAACCAGAAGUCACUUCUGGGUUUGUGGCGUUCGGGAGCCAAAACCUUUGAGAACUAACCUGUUCAAAAACCAAGGUACGACUGUAUUCUUAUUCCAGUUUUUCAGGUAGACCAAGGCUGACAGGGUUACUUGUGAUGACACAAUGAUAUGUGAGCAUUCCCAGCAUUCGAAUCCAGCGCUUGGCCCACCAGAUCACACGCCUGAGUUCUGUCAGUGGCACUUCAACUCCAAUAAUAAAAGUUAUUUCCUGCCUUAAACUACUUGUAGUUGCUUCACUGAUGCCUUGCCAGAGGCUAGAAAUACAGUGUCUAAAAUGUAGCUGCCUACCAAGCCUUGCUUUCAAAGGGAACCUGGCUUAAAUCCACCAAAGCAGGGGGGCUUGAGAGCGGAGCUGCAAAUCCAGAUGGCAUUCCAGUAUUAAUUAAGCCCAUUACCAAGAAAUAACAUUUGAAAGGCAUGGAGCUAAGAUGGAGUUUUUGCAGUAAUUUUCUUGACUAUUAGGGCUUUCCGUCAGAUACUCUUCAUUAUUUACACUUCAUGCAAGUGUGCAGCCAAUUUUCCUUUUAUGGUAGCAUAUAAAAUGCAGCAAAAGAGCACAUGAACAUAUGUAGCUGUGUUAUAUUUGCUCAGGCCUUCUGUCCACCUAGCCCAGUGCUUUCUGCCUGGCUUGGCAGCAUCUGUUACAGGAUUUCAGAUUGCAAUCUUUCCCAUCAUUUCUUUCUUCCUUUUGUGUAAGUGAUGAUGCUGGGGAUUGAUCUUGGGGUCGUCUGCAGGCAAAGCACCUUAUCCACCACUGAGUUAUGGUGCUUCCAUGCAUUAGAUUUACUCUGUCCCCUAUACAAACUAGGCAUGUACUUGGAUCCAUUCAAACACAGGCUUAAUGGGCUGUUUUGGAGGAGGGUGUACUCCUCUUAUGGUUUUUAAAAAUAAUAAUACUUUGCAUACUUCUGCAGACCUAAGGCUUUCCCAAAGCAUGUUGAUACUUCAUGCUUGUCUCUCAUUUUGACUCCAACCACCCCUGUUGACACUCAUCACCUGAAUUUGCUAUUUAUCUUAUGGAAAUCUUCUGUGCAAAUGCUUGAUUUUGAAGAUUGCAUUUUAGAAUAUGUGCUUUUGACACUGACCAAACGGAAGGUUCUGGGUUUUGAUUCACAGAGUUCGAUUCAUCUAGAGUCUAGAUUCUAGACCAACUGCUGAAAUAAAACAUGAUAGCCUCUAGGGCUGAGCGAUGUCUGGUUUAUCACUAACUAAACAUCACAAUAUAUCACAAUGUACCAAUAUAUCAUGAUGUCUGAAAUAAGAUGGAACUAUGUAGAGGCAAACAGAAGGACAGGGUGAUAUCUGGUUUUCAACUUUGUGAUAUAUCACCAACUAAACAUCACAAUAUACUGAUAUAUCACAACGUCUUUAAUAUGGAUGGAACUAUGUAGAGGGGAGCAGGGUAAUGUCCUGGCAACUGCUACUACAUUUUUACUUACCUUUAACAUAUUGUUACAACUGUUAUUUUAUAGUAGAGUGCAACAGGGAUGGCAAAAAUCAUGAGAGAAGCGAUGACUGGUUUCACAGUUUUCCCAUACAGUAGAACCUCGUGUUACGUACUGUCCUCCUUGCGAACGCUGUGGGUUACGAGCUCCACUAACCUGGAAGUAGAUGCCCCUUGUUGCGAACUUUGCUCUGGGAUGUGAGCAGAAGUCGCAUGUGGCAGCAGCGGGAGGUGCCAUUAGCGAAAGCGUGCCUCAUGUCACAGCUUAAGAAUGGACCUCCGGAACAAAUUAAGUUAAUAACUGGAGGUACCACUGUAUUGCAUUUUUUUUUACGUAGCGCACACACACACUGUGAUUCGCAAUAUACCACCAUCUCAAAUAUUGUGAAACUGUUACCGUGAUGUGGACCAGUUUUGGAUGAUGUAUUGAUACAUCUCCCAGCCCUAAUAGCUUCCACCAAAUACAUACCUAGCAAAUCCUUGACUAAGGAAGGAGAUUUUUCAGUUAGAGUCAGAAACUAGCAUCACUGGGACACAUCCAGCACUUUGUUAGUUUGGACUCCUAAUGGCAUUUGCGUCUGAAUCAGCAGAAUGUAGAUGAGGGCUGGUUUGGUAUAGUGGUUAGUAUUUUGGACCUAGGUUCAAAUCCUCAUUUAGUCAUUGAGUGACUUUCAGCAAGUCACCCUUUCAGCCCAACCUACCUCCCAGAUUGUUGAGAAGAUAAAAUAGAGGAGAAACGAUAUACACCAUCCUGAGCUCCAUGGGUGGGGGGAAGGUGUGAUAUAAAUGUAAUAAACAGAUGCAUAGGAGCUAUAGCAAUGGGACAUGACAAGCUGACCCUUUGGCUUGGCUUGCUCACCCACUCCUCUCCCUUAAUGUGACCCUCCAACAAAGCUCGUUGCUAUGUUCUCCAUGCUACUAGAAAAGCAUUAUGAACCCAUUGCUUCCAUAUUGUUUCCAGUUCUAUCUUCUCUCUUUCUGGCACUUUCCUAUAUAACCCUCCAGUAUCUCACUACUACUUCAGUUGAAAGGUUCAUGGAGUCUAGUACUUGAACCCUAACAAAUACCAUCACUAAUCCUGAUACUAACUCACCUCUGGCAUUAGCGAACUGCCAUUGUAAUGGCAAUUGAUUUAUUGCAGAAAUCAGACUGGGUAUAUUCCAGUGGGAUUUGUCAAGCAUUUGUAGAACUGCAAUUGCUGCAUGAUUUCAAAUGGAAUGUAAUUUGAAAACAACAGCGCUGGACCAAAAUUACUUCAGAUUUGGGGAGGCUUGAAAGCUGUCGAAAGACUGUGGUAAAUAAAAAGUCUGUUUGUUUAGAGAUUCUUGCCUUGAAAUUUGCUAGAGGGGCAAGUGAUCUCUUUUUUCACCCCCUUUGAGUCUUGUAAAUCUUGGCUUGAGAACUAUCACUUCAGUUCCAAGGCCUAAAAAAGGUUUUAGGUUUUUAUUGCAAGUAAAGCACAAUAUUUCAUUUCACCGUUUUGAGUUCCUUCGCCCUUAUAAAGCCUUGGAAUCCUUUUCAUAUGGAUGAUUUUGGCUACUGGCAUUGGAGGUAUGAGAGCGUGGUUAUUGCAUGGCAACUGCUUGCUUUACUAAUUGGUUUGAAAUGUGAAAUUGGUUUUAUCAGUUUAAAAGAGCAGAUGUUUGGCUUUCCUUUCCACUUUUUCUAGUUCAUAACAUUUACUUUGCAGUUCUACUUCUUGGUUUGCUAGUAACAGCCAACAUAUGUAGUUAAUAUUGCCACCUACCUGAGCCUUGAAGCAGAUGGUGUGACUGCACUCAUUAUUUUCUGUAACCAAAAUGUAUCGUGUCAAUCAUGCUUGGGAUGGAAGAGGAUGUUGGCAGUCUAUCAAGUUGACUCGGCAUAUGCAGAUAGGUCGGGAGAUGUGUAGAUGAAGAGUCUUCUACUGGUGGGUCAGGACACACUGCUGAUCCACUACUGAUUUACUGUUUGGGUAAAAGAUUGAAGUCUACUGAUCUAGCCCAUUCCAUAUGAGAGAGCAUCAUUGUUCGUGGCAAGGAUGGAAAAGAGCUGGUGUCAUACUGAUAGUAAACUGGAGGUCACAGAAACAUGUGUGUGUUUUCAUGUGGUAUUUACAGUACAAUCUCAUGCAUGUUUACUCAGACAUAACUUAGACAUAACUCAGCACUUUAACUGGUAUUGUGUGAAUGUGACUCAAUGGAAGUUCUAAGAAUACGAUGCCCAAGUGACAGCAUGAUGACUCAACUGUGAUUACCUUGUUCAACAUGCCAGCCAGCUAACCCAUAGCAUAAUAAUCUAGAGUCAAACUUACACUGCACAAUUCAAAAAUGUAGUUGGACUGGUCACAUCUCUGUUAAAACAAGGACUGCCGUAUCAGGACUGGAACUACAUCAGCAUAGGGAAAGCGAGUUUAACACUUCCCUCCUGUGCCACUUUCAGCAAUUAAAGUUACUCCCCUGUGCACGGCUUCUGUUGGUUGAGAUGCUAUACAAUAUAAGCAAUAGGACAAAUACUUCCCCAAACAGCAGGUUUAAUUCCAUAGAAUAUAAGUCACAGAAGUGCCACGACAGCAAUGCCUCUUACUUGAGGGGGUGCUCUUGUUUCUUGUUGUUGUCAUCCCCACAACAAGUAGAAAUGUAUUUUCAGGCUUUCCUCUCUAAUUGGCUUUCAAAAAAAUUACUUAGGAUUAAACUGAUAGAUUCCACAACACAAAUUCAAAAGUUUGGAUGAAACCCCCUGUCCUUUCUGAGUGCUGAGAAAGCAUACUUUGGAUAUGGGUAUAGAUUUUGGGCUAUCUAUUCAUCUCUCUUGUUGCUAUCCAGAUUUCUGCUAGAUGGACCAACUGCAUACAGCUGUGUGUGUGGCAGCCCAAGUGCUCAGUUCACUGCACUCCCACCCCUCCAGAUUGUGCCAUUGAGGAACCAUAUAUUAAAGGCAGGAUAUGGCUAUGUGGUUUUUGCAGUUUGGAAGGUCUAAACAUCCCACUUUGUGGUGAACCUUUAAGCAUACAUUUUCUUUUCGUUUAGACUUAUAUGAUGUAUAUGUUUUAAUUGUUACCACCCUUGUUUUCUGUUAGGAAACCGUCUUUGUAAAAUGCAACCGUCCCGGUCAUGCUUUGAUAAACAAGACGUUCCAGUAUGAAAGGUGGGUGGUCUUGAGCACCAUUGUGGCUUUGACUAAAAUAUAUAUGAUUUUUAAUAUGAGUUGAUAAUGGGACUCUUACUGUUCUGAAGACAUCUUGCAUUUGCUACUUCCUCAUGAAUCUUCAAGACUUACAACUAUGAAACAAAAUGAAAUUCUGAAUUCUCUCUGAAGGAAGAAAUGUUUUAUUCUUCUAUAUUUGAAAAGUAGAUUGUUGCCACUAGGGUUAAUCUGGUGCUCAGAUGAAGAUUCCCUUCACAUACAUGCUGUUUCUCCAUCAUGUUUCCCCAUGGAGCUAUUACUAUUGUAGUCACGUAGGGGACAGUGAUAAUAUAAGUGGAUUUAGGGAACAGUGUGGCUUAAAAUACCAAUACAGUGGUACCUCGGGUCAAGUACUUAAUUCGUUCCGGAGGCCCGUUCUUAACCUGAAGCACCACUUUAGCUAAUGGGGCCUCCUGCUGCCGGAGCACAAUUUCUGUUCUCAUCCUGAAGCAAAGUUCUUAACCCAAGGUACUAUUUCUGGGUUAGCGGAGUCUGUAACCUGAAGCGUAUGUAACCUGAAGCGUAUGUAACCCGAGGUACCACUGUAGAUCGAUGCAUGGGGAUAACAACCAAAGACACACAUAUUUUGGUAUCUGCCCUCAGUUAAUGGGUUAGAAAUAGUUGUCCUAUUCUGCUUAUUUAGUGCUUUUUACCAGUGCUAUUUACCAGUAAAUAAAUGUCUUCACACAUUCUAAGUAUUUCAUUUUCUGAUAACAACUGAAAAAUAUUACUAUGCCAAGAUCCAGCUGCCUUAUAUUCCUGUCAUGGGUAGUGCCUCCCUGAUCAGUUUGUAUGGAUGAAGGACCCAGUUCUUUAUAUUUUAGUACAGGAGACUGUGUUACCAGUUCAAAAUAUUGUUACACGACGUUUCCGUGUGCUCUGGCACUCGUCAUCAUGUCCCAUUGCUCAAAAGUGGUUUAGUCAUGCUGGCCACAUGGCCUGGAAAGCUGUCUGUGGACAAACACUGGCUCCCUCGGCCUGAAAGUGAGAUGAGCACCGCAACCCCAUAGUCGCCUUUGACUGGACUAAACCAUCCAGGAGUCUUUUACCCUUUUACCUUUACAGAACAUGCCAUAUGUGCAGCAGUGUGUGUUUAGUUCCUUCCCCACCACCCGCCCAAAAAGAUGAAGGUUAGAAUAGUAAAUCCUUUCAAAGAAUGUAGCUCUUGGAAGUGUGUUUUUCAGUGUCCCCACGCAGCUUAUUCUUAUAAGCAGAAGAGCAUAUGGUUCUUAUGAACUUCAAAUGUCUAUUUUUUUAGCAGCUUUUUAGUGGAACUAAUAAAUGUCGAAAUGCUUGGUUCUAUUUCAGCAGGAAAAAAAGAUACAGCUUUUCAGUAUUUUAUGUUUUUUUCAGAUACUUUUAUUAGUGGAUAGUAAAUAAAACAAUAAUGAAACAAACUAAAAACGGCUUUCAAUGUUCAGGAUCAAAUUAACAUUAAAGAGCAUGUGGCUGGAAGAGGGAGGUAGACCAAUGCCAUUUUGCACGAGCAAGUCGCUUGAGAUUGCUUUGCGUUCAUUAACUGGAGCAGGAAAGCAGAUCUGAAUUGUUCAUUGACACAAAAUGAAGCUAGUGUGCCUAAUUACAUCCCAUUUAAACACCCAUCAGACAGAACCUUAAUGAAGCAAGUUCCAUAUCACCAUGCAAGCAUAACCCCUUAGAAAAUGUACUGGUAUUUAAGAAAGUAAAGUUUUAUCCUGUGAAUACUCUCAAUAGUUUUGUGGGAAAACUUACCCCCAUUAAAUAUUGCACCAACCCUAAAACACAUACUGCUGCUGUGUCCUAUUACUGAGAGUUUUAAGUGGCAAUCACUCAUUUGAACCCAUGGCAUUCCUAGCAGAGAUCAGCUCUGGAAGACUGUGUUGUCUUAUUACCUUAGGCAGCUACCUAAUAAUGGCAUGGUGUUAAGUUACCAUUUUGUUUUUAGGGAUGGGUGGCUGUCAGUUUAGGUUUCUCUCAAGUUUCUCAUUUUUGCAGUAUUAAGUUCAGUUCUCCACAUCCGUUUGUAAGGGUUUUUUGUUUUGUUUUUAUCCUCAUGAAUUUUCAUCAGCAUUUUAGUACACAUUUCUCCUAAUAAGCACAUUUUUGUAAGCACUUUUUCCUGAUAUAUGCAUUUUUGCCAAGCAGUUUUCCCUAAUAAAAUGCAUUUUGGGUUUUAGCGUUGUUAGUAAAUGCAUUCCAUGUACACUUUACCCUUUGUACACAUUUUUUGGCAGCAAAAGUCGAUUGCAAAAUUCAGAGGAGUGCCAAUUUAUAAAGUUGGCUGUGUUUCGGUUUGCUUAUUGUUCGGGAAACUGUGGCAUUAGAUAGGUUCACACUGAAAUGCAAACUGAAUUAAAUUUCUCCCCCAUUCCUAUUUGUCCCACCUCAUCAUGAGCUCUGCAGCAAGCCUCUGACGUUGUGUUGGCCCAUAAUCUGAAUCCACAUCGGUCUGUUUCCAGUGUGGUGUGGCGACCAUAUGAUAUGAAGCAGCCAUAUGAUAUUCCACUUAUUUCCCCACCAUGGAAGGCAAGCCAGGUGUUGAUGAAUACUGACUGAUCCAUAUACAUCAUCUAGAUUCUUGCAAAAGUACCAACUUGGUCAUAACUAUGGUACCUAACUGUAGGCCUCCCUGCCCCCAGCCACAGAAUUCCUUCCAAAAUCUCAGCAAAGCCACCACAGCACAGAUGUUAAAAAUGAAGCUAGAAUCCAAGUAAUAUGCUUCUGUGUGCAGACAUUAAAAUAAAAACAAUGGGGGGGGGAACUGAAUGAAAACAUAUCACAGCCUAGUCUGUGUCUCUAGAAAUAGCUAGGAUUUGACAAGGUCCUCCUUGGCAAUGUCCAGAACACUUUAGACUCCUUGCAUCUGGCUACUGGAAUAGAAUUGUGGCUCAACUCUGUUUAAUUUCCUGAUGUCUAAACCAGCUUAAGAGUAGGCGUGAGUAAUUCCCUUCCAUAGAUCUUAGUGCUGCUGAAGAAAUUGUUUCACAAUAUUGGAGAUUUCAGUGAAUAAUGCUGCUCUGUUCUUUGUUCUUCUUUCUUCACUGCUAACAUUCCCAGAUCAUUUUGCCACAAUGACUGAUUUGUAUUUUACAUCUACAGAGUUUACAGUGCUUCUGAUUCUCAAGUGACAGUGUUUGCAGAUGUAGCCCCUUUGCUAACAUCUCUGUUGGAUGGGUGAGUUGAAAAGGGAAGGGAAGUGCUUCUAACAGGGUAUGAACAGUCUCAAAGAUAGUCUGUUUCUUAAAGAGAGAGAGAGAGAACACAAAGGCGUAAACGCUACCAAGGUGUUAAUGCACCUGCCACAAAAGUAGGGAGUCCUUCUUUUCUCCUAGACUUUGAUAUGGUACAUUAAAACUAUGAUGAAUUAAAGACCAUCAGAAGAAACAGCAAAUCUGGUGUCUUGCUAUAGGGAUCCAUAAGUUGCCUCUUUUAGGUCCAUUUAGAAAACAACAGCACCAUGUCCUAGAAGGGAGGGGAGGAGGUGUUAAAUGUUCUUUCCAAACUUCCUACUACCAAGUUUUCUGCUAACUCCAGUGCAGUUCUGCACGCAGAUUAGGGAAGCAUCUUCCCCCUUAAGCCAGUUUCUGUUUAAAAUAGGUUCCCUGAAACAUGGCUUUUUUUCUUUGCUUCUCCCCCCUUCAGCCAUUCAGGAAAUGUUCUGUUAUUGGAAACAAAAGUACUUCAUGCCUUUUCAGGACACACCAUUUAAACAAAAGCAGAUUGUUUGUCUGGAAAAGAUGAGGUCCCUCUACCAGCCAUGUUUUUGAUCAAUCUCCCAUCUGUAAAAUGUGGAACAGGCGCAGUGUUUUGACUUUGAGCUUGCUGCCUCUUCUGACCGUUUGUGGUAUGAGCCAUGAGUGAUCUGUAACAUCACCUUAUGAGAAAGCUGGUGAACAUUUCUGCACUAAAGGUGUAAGCGGGGGUGGGGGGAAUUGUGUGGUUGAUGCUGGAUGUUUUAAAUUUUGAUAGUCACCUGGAACUAACCUGUUUGAAGUAUAGUGAAAUUGGAUGUAGUGGUUCUCUCCACAUCUUAGAUUAAAUUCUGGAUCCCUCUCUCUCAAUAGGCAGUCAUGAUUCACAAACUGGUCCAAAUGAACAACGGCGCAUAAAAGGAGCCUACUAUUUUUUUCUUCUUCAGGCAGUGCCUAGCUUUACUUUCAGAAAAGAGCUUGAAUAUGUGGUUUCUGCUUCCUGAGGUAUUGCUGGAUCUGCAAUACCUUGUAGAUUCUUAUCCCUUUCCCAGGACCAGAUCCACACACUUUCUUUCCUCUGUACGAUAUACCAGCAUCCUCCUCAUCUCUCAUUUUAAGGGGCUAUCUGGAACACCGCCAGGAGAUAACUUAAAAAGGCAAAACUAUCUAAAUUAAAUGUUCAGCUGAGUUUUGCAAUCUGGGUCAAAACAAUGGGAAAAGGUGAAAUCUUAUAUUGGGGCAGGGAUGGCCUGUUAAAUCUUGUGAGCUGUACAAUACAGUUCUAGCUGUGCCAUAAAUGUUUUGCUCACAAUGUCUGUUUCAUUUGAAAUGGUAAAAAACUGGUUUCAAAAGUUUAUGAGGGAUUGAGCAAUGUAAUGUUAUGCCUUUCUUUCUCUCUCUCUCUCUCUCUCUCUCUCUCUCUCUCUCUCUCACACACACACACACACACACACACACAUUCUAGCUAUGUGAAAAUCCUGGCUGCUAGGCAUAUCAAACUUCAAAUGUACUGCUACUAGGCUUCCAUUUAAAGAACAGAGAAUGCUCCUGAGAUUGCAGAGAGCUCUUGAAAAGUAUCCCUUCCCAGCAACACUGAUCAUCUUAAACUGGCCCAUAUCACGAGCUGAAAGCAUCCUUCCAGAUGAUUCUGCAGAGUUCUGUGGCUGCUAAAUUGUAUUCCACAACUUGCCUCCAUCAAAAGUAAACCAAGGACUCUUGUUACAAAAGGAAACAGCCCUGUUCUGGAGCAAUUGUCUGUCCUUGCUUGUCCCCUCCCUUGCUUCCCUCACCCCGCUUCCAUUUUCCUGUUUUCUCCAUAGAAGGGAAGGAAAAAAAGGAUUUUGCCCAUCCAUUCCAAGUUGAUUUCUUCUCCCCACUGUGGAAUUUCCAGGAGGGGUGGAGGGAGGGAGAGAGAGCGUAUAUUGCAGUGUUUUGGAAUUAGCAAGUUGUGUGAAUUUUGUGUGAAGUUAUUAGAAAACUGGAAUAUGAAUUUUCUUCUCAACAGUUUCCAGCUUCGAUCAAUAGUAGCUGUUGGCUUUGAGAAUCUUGCUUUUCUUCUUUGCAGGUACAAUGUAUGCAUUAUGGCUUACGGACAGACUGGAAGUGGGAAAACACACACAAUGUUGGGUCCACAGUCUGAGAGUAAUUUCACUUUCUCCAUGGAAGACGAGCAAGACUUAGGAAUUAUUCCUAGAGCUAGUGAAGAAGUAUUCAGGUAUGGAUGACAGCAGAUGACAGUGUUAUAUUUAUUUAUUUCAUCUGUUUAGUCCAUUUGUAUCUUCCUCUCAAUUCAGAGUUUCUCAAUGUGCAGUACAGCAGUUGCAGCCGGGGAGACGAGAAGCAGAAAAAAGCUAAAUGCAGUCUUAAUAGGUUCAUCUCUCACACAGAGUGUUCCACAGCUUCAGGAACAUUAUGGAGGAUUCCUGCUCUCCUGUGGUCACCAACCCAAUGACUGGUGGAUCUCAGUACUCUGAGUAAUCCAUGGAAUGGAAAGACAAAAAGGGUGGGACUUCAUUUCCUGUGGCUUUUAAUUUUAAAUAAUUAUGAAAGCCCAUUUAGAAAAUGCCAGAGUAGACAUUUAAGCCAAUCAUCAAUCUGCACAGAUAAAUCAGUUGACGGCAAAUUCUUUCUAUUUUCAGUGUACAAAAUUAAUUACAAUUCUUAUUUCAGAGUAUUUCUGCACAAGCCCAUCUCUGUUGCAAUGUCUGAUAUUUCCCCUCCUUCCUCAUUGUUCUUUGUGGUUCUCAGUCAGGGCUUUGUGCAUUUACUGUACAUAUGUUCUUCCUUCUCUUACAAUUAUGAGGCUGUUCUUUGAAUUUUGGGGGCAGGCUUAUUUAAAAAAUAAAAAAGCCAGAUGUGCACACAGGAAGCCGCGUGCCCCUUCAGAUAUAGCCAGGAGCAUGCAGGAUUACUGGCAGUUAAAAUGGAAAUGAGUUUAUGUCACUGAGGCCUGGUGAAUCACGGCAUUUGUGCAUAAAUAGGCUGAAAUGUAUGUUGAAAAGAUAAUGAGUUGCAUCCAGAGAUCCACCAACAGAAUAAAUUUUGGUAGUUGUGCUGUGCUGUAAACUAUUGCACAAGAGCUAGUAGAAGACUUUGCACAGCACAGACUUGGCUCAAGCAUACAACUUGAGCUCUUGUGCAAGAGAUUGCUCAAUACCUUGUUGCUUACAGACCCCGUAUAAAACUACACUAGUAUACACCUUGAAAAAACCCCUUCUGCUCAAGCCAGUGUGGUGUAGUGGUUAAGAGCGAUAGACUCGUAAUCUGGGGAACCGGGUUCGCAUGUCCACUCCUCCACAUGCAGCUGCUGGGUGACCUUGGGCCAGUCACACUUCUCUGAAGUCUCUCAGCCCCACUCACCUCACAGAGUGUUUGUUGUGGGGGAGGAAGGGAAAGGAGAAUGUUAGCCGCUUUGAGACGCCAUACAGUAGUGAUAAAGCGGGAUAUCAAAUCCAAACUCUUCUUCUUCUUCUAUUUCACUUACAAAAGGGCAUGUUUGGAUCCAACCCAAUAUGUUCUGAUCAAAGUGAAGGUAAUUGGUAUCAAAAAUCAGAUUAACUGGACAGAUUACAGAAAAUUACAUGGGCUACUGGUACUAUAAAAUACCAUGCAAAAAAUUGGUUAGUGUAAAUAUAACCUCAUUUAUCCUCACAGGAUUCCUAAGAAUGGUUUAUUCUUGGUAAUAAGUUCAUCGUGAAUAUUCCCUUCUGGUUGUCCCAUAUGUGAAAUGGAGAGGGGGCAGGGACUGAAAGAACUCUAAGCCACCAUGCAGUCUGUUGUAGGGGCAAACAAGUAAAGUCUGUGGCACAGAAAGGUUGUGUUACAUAUCUAGUGGUUGUUUGAAUUUUUAAAUGGUGUUUAGAGACACGGGGCUGUAUCCAAGUAAGUUCUAAUUGGAGUAGACCCUUUGAAAUUAAUGGACCUAAGUGAGCCAUGCCCAUUAAGUGGAUCUACUCUGAGUAUGACUAACAUGGGAUACAGCCCAUAAUAUGCUAUGUUUUCAAUCCCUUGCACAUGUGCAGUAAGGCUUGCCUCUUUUACAUCCAUGUGCACCUAGGAUGGAUUUCCCGUACACAGGACAGUGCAACUUUGCUUGUCAUCUGUUGCUUCACUGCCUGCCGUAGCCUGAUGACCCACCAAUGCCAUUUGGAAAUGGCUGAGAACAGGGGUGGAGGAAAGGGGUGCAGUGGGUGUGGUCUGCCCUGGGUGUCACCACUGAGGGGGGUGACAGAAUGCCGGGCGGCACUCACCGUGGUGCCUGCAGUGUGCCCAAGCCACGCAUCUCUCCUAAGAGAGACGUGGUGGCUUGAGUGCGCACAGGCUCCGCGCUGCCCAAACGGUCCGCCCGCUGCCUCCCCCCCCCCCCAGCUAAGAGAGACGUGGUGGCUUUAGUGCGCACAGGCUCCGCGCUGCCCAAACGGUCCGCCCGCUGCCUCCCCCCCCCCAGCUAUAGGGUGGCUGAGUGGAAGGAGCCAUGCAGACUCUGGAGGCCCUGUGGUGCACCCCGCCCCUAGGGGCAGCUUGCCCCACCCCUGGGCGUGCCACCCCUGGCACCCAAACAGCUUCUUCCACCGCUGGCUGGGAACGUAAACAUUAAAGAUCUUGCAGUCGUUGUUGGCAUUGCUAAUUUCAUCAGCAAAUCUCUUUUCCUUUUCAAGUUCUACUUUUUGCACAGAUAUUGCAACUGUGGAGCCUGUGCAACUGAAGCGUAUUGUCAACAGAGUUGUCCCAGUAUAUUGCAGCCACAGCAUAAUGGGCUGGGUUUCUCAUGCAUGUUCAUGGUUAGGAAGUUUGGGGUAUUCAGAUAAGUGCUUAAGUCAGGCUUUUAAUAGUCCCCUAGAUCACAAGCCUCGUUUAUUCAGGGUUUUGUUUCAGUCACUAAAGCUCCCCCCACUCCUUUUUCAGACUCCUUUCAGAAAAGCCGCUAGGAAGCCGUUGGGUUGAGGUUUCUGUUGUGGAAGUAUAUAAUAAUGAAGUUUUUGAUCUUCUGGCCAAAGACAGCUAUGGAAGAAUGAGUGGUGUCAAAAGGGACAUAAUCACAAAUAAGGAAGGAAAAAGUGAUAUCCCACUUCUUACCCAUGAGUGAGUACUCUUGUGCAUCUGUGACCAAGAAGUCAUGCAGCCUGUGUCAGUGACAAAAAAUGCUAAUCUGUAUAACAUUGUUAAGAUCAACUUGCUUUUCAUACUCAUUUGUUACUCGUUAGCAUCACUGCAAUAUGACUAUUUCUGACCGUGUGUGUGUGUGUGUGUGUGUGUGUGAAGACAUAUUUUCUGAAUGUUCCCCCACCUGGGGAUCUCUUGCCAGCUAAUGUUUUUCAGGAUUUGGAGUGUCUCAAUCUUCUUUGCUCUCUAGGCGGGGAGAGGAGGGGGACAUAUUGUAACUUUGCCUAUACUUGGAAAUUCAUUAUAGUUGAAAGCAGGAAAAGGUUUCAGGGUUUUGUUUUGUUUUGUUGCUUUGAAAACAGUUUCAGAUGGUAAAAUUCCACAGAAAACCAUAACUGUUUUUAUUCCCAGUGGAAAUGUGAUUUCCCCCCUCUCUUCUUAAACUCCUGUAGUCACAAUACACAACACAAGCAUUUCUUAUGCUUUUUGGGGGCGAGGGGGGGAGGCCUAGAAGGCAGACACAACAGACCUUUUAUUUCCUCCAUAAGCUAUAAUAUACUACACCCACAAAAGAGAUAAUUUAAGACAGUAUUUUUGUCUGUGGGUUUCACUAACAUAAGCAAACCACUCAAGCUUUGUUUAUGUGGUUCUGUAUUAUUGCCAAAAAUCCUUGAUUAAAAAUACACCAAAUGUGCUGGAGGGUUGAGCAGACAUAAUUCCCUCCAUUUGGUUUUGUAUUCUGCAUAAAUUGAUCACCCCACAGAAAAUUGGGGACCACUGACAAUUUUUUUUAAUGGCUCUUUCUGCAAUCAGGGAUCUGAACGUUUCUGAAGUCUAAUAUUCUGGUUCAGUGGAUUUUCUUCAUAAUGUUUAUACCUAAGGACAAAAAGUUUAGGAUUCAGUGUAAUAAAAACCAAUUUUAAAACAAUAAAUUCAUGAUUUAUUUGGAAGGAGAAUGGGGAAAUCAGACUUUGUAGAGUUGGAAAGGACCCCAAGGUAACAGCUGAGCAGACCAAGUUAUCACAAUAUUGAGAAAGCAUAGCUGUUGUCACCAACUAAUACCAUAAUUUCUAGUGCCUGGUCACAUGUUACAUUUUUCCUGCUUGGUUUGCUCUGCCAAGAGAUAACUCUUACAUUUAUUUCUUAUUGGCUGAAAGGGUCUGACUUGAUUUGAAUGAUCAUAUUUUGGCUUAUUCAACUGAGAUCUGCUCAACCCUUUGGUUAUGCAUGGAGCCCCUUCACUUAAGCCAUGUUUAAACCAAGAACCCUCUAAUCAACCAAAGCAUGGCUUCCUACUUUGGAAAAAGGCAGGCUAUUAUACCAACUUCAAGCUGUGGCUUAAUAUUUUAGUUUGUUCUGAAGCUGGGAACCUUCAUUUCCUAAUUAAGAUGAAACAGGAAACUGGUUAAUUAGAGGCUUUUUGAUCUAAUCUGGUUCCUGGCAAAGGGAACAGUUCAAAAGCUCCUCUUGCAUAUCUCAGCUAAAUAAGCUAAGAUAUGGUCAUCCAAACAUGGUCAGCGGCUAAGCACUGACUACAGAAUUCACUAAAAUAAUCUAUACAGUGACUGUAGCCUAUAUUUUGUGUAUUAUGAGGAAAGAUGGUAGUUGCCGUUUGAUAAAACUAAUUUACCAAAGUAAUAGAUUCCCAAAGUCUUAUUUAUCAUCUUUCUCACCAAAUUGACCUACCCCAGUUCCACACAGCCAUAGGUCAACUAACUAAAGUAUUCAACUUCUGUGAUCCUCCUACAAUCCAUUGCCCAUGCUUUCUCUCCAAGAAAUUCAUGGCUUGUAUUUGAAAUCUUGAGGCCUGUAGUAUCACUCUUGAGUCAUCCUUGUCCUGCGAUUUAGCGAGAGAGAAAUCUGCUGCAAGCUGGAAUAUGUGUCGUGUGGUAGAAAACUGGCAAGCAUAAGAUCCCCUUUUUCUUCCCAUUGUUUGGGAGGCUUUGCUUUUAUUGCACUUUUUUUAUUAUGCAGUUUUUAGAAAUUUCAGGGAAGAGAAAGCUCCUUUUAUAGAAACGUUUAUGUGUCCAAGACACACACUCUCUCUCUAUAUGUAUAUACACCAUCCUGCUAGAUGUAUAAAAAAUGUGUCUUAAAUUCAAUGCAUUUAGGGAAAACAUUAAUAAACACAUAAUAUUAAGUAUUUAUACCAAAAAAGCUGGAAAAUGAAAGACAAAUCAAAACAAAAUAAGGGAACCAUGGUGAUUGGCCACCCUUACUCUAAAGAGUCGAAAGUAAGUUAUGGGGGUUUUGAGUAGUGUUUCAUCUAUAGCCAAGGAAGAAUGGUUGUGCUUUUCCUUCGGAGGCAUUGCACACUGGGAAUUUGCUCUUGAAACCUUCUGGCACAUAGGCUACCAUAUUGGUUACAUUGUCCUAUCCUGAUUAUAGAAAUAGCAUGUUGAUAUCUGGUGGGAACCAAAGGUGCUGUUUGGUUUUUUUGGCUAUGCAAAGUAGGUGGGUGCUUUUCUUUGCGUUUAGCCUUUGAGUACCUUCCCUCUGAGCGAACGUUUGCCACCAUGGUGAAAGGGAGCUGCCUUUGAAAUAAGAGCCAGUUCUUUCUUUUAUAGAUUGAGCAAUCUGUAAUACCAAUAAAUGGGUAUUGAGUCCCAUUUGACUCCCAUGUGGACCCAGAAUGUAACUCCUCAGAAACUAAACUUGCAGCCGUCUCCCACCCCAUGUGGCAGAUGCUUUUCAUGCUGUCUUCAAGCUGCUGAUUUUGCAUGCAGGCAACUGUCUGCAGCACCCUUAAACUGAAGUGUCUGAGAGUUGAGGGGAGAGGCACCUCCUCCUCCAGAAAUGAAAAUAGGACGCUGACUUCCUCAGAGGAGGGUCUUCCUCCCGUCUUCCUUCCCUUGAGAAAAAAUGAAAUUGUCUUAAAAACAUAGAAUUUCUCUUUCUAAAUGUUGGUGUCCUGUCGGUUUCUCUUUUUUUUUUUUUUUUAAUACAUUUUUAUUAAUUUUCAUUGAUUAUACAUAUAUACCGUCUAGAUUACAUAAGUUGCAUAUAACAUAGCUGUUACAAAAAUCAUAUAUAUAGUACACAAUUAUUUAUAGGCUCCGCCGAGCCUCGGACUUCCCUUCACUUUAUUGAUAAGUAUCAGAUAAUUUCUAAAGUUACAUGUUUUAUCUCCUUUACAUAUUUGCCAAACACUGUUAGAGUUAUUCUAUCCCUGCCAGAGUCCUCAAAGUUCUAUACUUAUCUCUUAUAUACGUCAGAUAUUUAUUCCAAUUUUCAUGAAACUUCUGGUCAUCCUGGUCUCUUAGUCUUCCUGUUAUUCUAGCUAGUUCAACAUAACUUAUCAUCUUGUUCUGCCAGUCGUCUAUAGUAGGUAUUAAUUCUGUUUUCCAGCUUUGGGCCAACAUAUUUCUAGCGGCCGUUGUGGCAUAUAGAAACAGAUUUUUAUCCUCUUUUUUAAUUUCCUUGCCAACUAUUCCUAGCAGGAAAGCUUCAGGCUUUUUUGGGAAAAGUAUAUUUAAAAAUCCUUUUAAGCUCGUUGUAGAUCAGUUCCCAAAAGCCUUUUACUUUCCUGCAUGUCCACCACAUGUGGUAGAACUCACCAUCUUCCUCUCCACAUUUCCAGCACUUCUUAUUCUUCAGUUUGUAAAUCUUAGCCAAUUUCACUGGUGUGAGAUACCACCUAUAAAUCAUCUUCCAGAGAUUCUCCCUUAAUGCCGUACACGCCGUGAAUUUCAUAUUUACAUUCCACAAUUCCUGCCACUUUACAAAGUCAAUGUUGUAACCAAUGUCUAUGGCCCAUUUUAUCAUAGCCUCCUUCACCUCCUCAUCUUUUGUAUACCAAUCCAGUAAAAGGUCAUACAUCCUAGAUAAUGUUUUGUUUUUGCCUUCAAUAAUUUCUACAUUAAAUUUAGAUUUUUUAUCUUCAAAUCCCAGUUUCUUUUUAUCCUCUUUUAACAGAUCAUUCACUUGAUGGUAUUGCAACCAUCCCGUAAGUACAUUCUUUACCUCCUCAUAGGGCUUGAGUUUUAUGCCCUGAUCAGUUUUAUUGAUAAGUUCUUCAUAGGUGGCUCUUUUCCCUUCCAUAUUAGUUUUUUUUAACAGUUAAGACAUCAAUUGGUGAGAUCCACCAUGGAGUUUUCUUUUCCAGCAAGUUCUUAUUUCUUUCCCAUACUUGAAAUAAUGAUCCUCUGAUUAUAUGAUUUAGAAAGCCUCUAUGAACUUUCACCUUUUCGUACCACAGGUACGAGUGCCACCCGUACCUGUUAUCAAAGCCCUCUAAAUCCAAGAUAUCAGUAUUCUCUAACUUUAUCCAGUCUUUCACCCACAUUAAACAAGCCGCUUCAUAGUAUAGACUCAAAUCUGGUAAAGAAAAACCCCCUCUUUCUUUUUUGUCUACCAAUAUUUUCAUUUUUAUUCGUGGUCUUUUCCCCUGCCAGAUAAAUCUCGCUAAGAACCUUUGCCAAUCUUUACACUGUUUUAGUCCUUUCAUUACUGGUAUAGUUUGGAACAAAAAUAACAUUCUGGGCAGGACAUUCAUUUUAAUAACCGAGAUCCUCCCUAAGAAAGAAAGUUUCAAUCUCUCCCAGAUUUCUAAGUCUUUCUUGACACCCUUCCAAGUAGCCUCAUAAUUAUCUUUAUAUAAGUUUAUAUUUUUUGCUGUGAUCCACACUCCUAAAUAUUUUACCUUCUUAACAACCGUAAUUCCUGUCCUUUGUUCAAGCUCUGCUAUCUCUUCCUUGGUUAUGUUUUUUGUUAUCAUUUUGGUCUUAUUCCUGUUAAGCUUAAAACCUGCCACUUUUCCAAAUUCUUCUAAUUUCUGUAAGGCUGCUUGUAGACUGUUCUUAGGAUCUUCCAAUGUUAAUAUCAGGUCAUCUGCAAAUGCUUUUAUUUUGAAUUCCUUACUUCCUACCGAUGGCGAACGGCGCUUAGUCAGCGUGAGUGUGAGCUCCCUGAUUUAUCUUUUAACAUUGUUUUAAUGAGUAUAGAAACCUUUAACUUUUAACUUUAGUUUUUAGUUUUUAGUCUUAGUUUUAAAUUAGUAAGUAGGAGGACGCCUUUUUCUAUCGGGGAGACAACCAUUAACCUUGAAACUGGGGCGGUUGCAUGAAGAGUGAAAUGACUAAGCAAAUAUACAGCCCUGCUUGUGGGAGAGGAACUGGGAAACGUACCAGAGAUUCUAGAGAUAUAGACGACACAGAGGAAUGGAGAUGCCUGCCUCUUGCUAAACAAACAAAAAUUAGUGAAUCUGAAAGUACAAAGGAUAUUUUUAAUAUCCCGGUUUCAAACUCUUUCACACUGCUAGCAGAGAUGAAUGACGAGGAAUCCAGUGUGAAAGAACCUUUUGAUAAUCUGCCUACUAAACCUUCAAGCAAUAAUAAUACUGGCAUCCACCCGAAUGUUUGCACUAGAGCCCGUGAAAGCUGCAUUGACGAGAUACUAUUUGAACACUCGACUACUUUAGACCUGGUUGCUAGAACAGUGGACUAUAUCUUUAAAUACAUAAAAGACCUGAAACAUAUUGAUCAUAUUAGCAGCAGACCUCAGAGGCAGAGAGUGCUGCUCUCCUUUAAAACCAAAAAGCUCCCUGCACUUAUUAUGUCCUCAAGAAGCCUUCUAAUUAACUAUGGAAUCCUUGCUACAAGAGUCUUUACCAAUACCAAGAUCUGCUCCCUCUUACCAAACUGCUUGUUCAAAAGAAAGCAGAUAAGUCUGAGGGUCCGCCAAUUGCUACGACCCCAACUCCCCUGGCCGCAGAUCUAAUCAGCUGGUUUGACGCCCCCCUGCCUCCACUGACAAAGGCCACACAUCUGGAGAACUCUACGGAGCGUGAGUUACUUCUAUCCUUCUCCCAAUUGCCAAAACUGGAGCGAACAGAGAUAACGGACAGAUUGGACGAGUUGCUACUCUGUCUCCGUAACUCAGAAGAUCAUGCUCAUGUAAAUAAGAUGAAUUCUUCACCAAUCGUAGAUCAGGCUACACAAGCCCAAGUGGUACCUGCUUUAACGACCUUUGAUCUGCAACCUGGCUGUGCACAGCCUCGGGAUGUUAAGUCCGGGCAGGAUACAGUGGAAGAUUCGACAACCCUCUGGUCAAAUUCGGAAGCUGUGGCAAGACUGGAUGCUCUUUUGGAGGCAAACCGAAAAGGAUGCCUUCCACCUGCCUUACACUGUAUGUUCCCUACAGCAUCUGCAGAUCCAAAAGGCCCACCCCCCUCAAUCUUAGAGCAUACUUUAAAUGUAGAGUCUAUGGACCUGUCGUUAAGUGAUACUCCUGUGCACCAGAAUCCAUCUUUGCAGCUUCCAAUAAUUAAGCCUCAAUCCAUGGCUGCUGCUGCGGUAAGUGGUGCCCGGAAAUUGUCUGGUAAGCAAGCUACAAUUACUUCCUUCUUCCAGCCUAUUGUCCCCCCUCGCCGCAUGCAUUCCCAGGUGGAUUCUGCCGUGCUGGUUCCGCAAGGCCCAGCAUGACUCGAAGGGGUGACCAGGAGAUUACUUACUUUCUUAUCCUGGAAUGUAGCUGGCAUUAAACCUAAGCUGAUGGAUCCAUCCUUUGUUGCCUACAUAAAAGGCAGUCAUAUUCUUUUGCUGCAAGAGACCUGGGCUUGUGAGGGCUUCUCCCUAUCAGGGUAUAAGGGCUUCUACCUGAAUGCACAUCAGAAUUUACUAUCUCCUGGCAGACCACAAGGUGGGUUGGCUACCCUAGUUUCUUUGGCCUUAAACCUGCAGGUGGAACAAAUCGACAUCCAGUCAUCAUCCAUGCUGGGUGUUAAGCUACAAACAGCGGAGGAAGUGUUUGUGGUGAUUAAUGUUUAUUUGCACCCAAUCUAUAAGAAAAACCUGGUGGUCCAAAGAUGGAGGGAAAUUCAACAGACUCUUGAAACUCUCCUAGAGAAAUAUCCUGAAGCCACCUUCCUAGUUGCAGGAGAUUUCAAUGGCCGAUUGUCUCACUCUGAUAAAUCAUUAUUUGCUAAAUAUAAUAAAUAUCCCUCACUACCCAUUUUAACCUCAGACCUUUUACCCAGGAAUUUUAAAGACAGUGUUGCUACAUAUGCAGGUUUUAAAUGUAGACAAACUUUGAUGGCUCUUAAUUUUCACCUUUUAAACGGAGCUCUCAGUUCUGAUUACCCUGCCGAAUUUACUUUCUGGUCAGGCUCCCGAGCCUCUACCAUAGACUUUAUUUGGACAUCAGCAGACCUAAUUCCCAAAAUUUCCAACUUUAGGGUGGUAACGAGGCUGGAAAGUGACCAUUUUCCAUUAGAACUUUCUCUGACCCUGGAUGGAGAAUUGGCUACCUACUCCUGCGUGCCUAUUACAAAUAACCAGCUUCAGAUGAGGCCCACUGCCUUAAAAUGGACCGACAAUAUGGCUCAACGGAUAAAUGAACUCCUUUGGUCUGACCAACUGCAAGAGACAAGGGACUCCCUUAUCCAGGCAGUUGAGCCACUGCCAAUAUAUGACAAUUUAGUAGAACUGCUAAAACCUUCGUUGGCUAAGACCCCGGUAAUGAAUAGUAACCAUUUCUCUCAUAAAAAGUGGUUUGAUGAGGAAUGUAGGCACUUCAAGAACAACCUAUAUAAUGAAUUCUUGGCAUAUAGGGCAUCAAAUGACUCCGCACCUAGCAGUCACCUUAUGAUCCUCAAGAGAAGGUAUAAAGCACUAUUAAAGGAAAAGAAGCGUGCGGCAGAAAGAAAUGAUUGGAAGAACCUUCUAAAAGCUGCAGAAAAUAGAAAUCCCUCCUCCUUUUGGCACCAAAUUUCCAGAUACCUGGGUAGACCGUUGUCAAGGAUAGAACCCCAAAUUUCAGCUGACACCUGGGAAAGCUUCUUCUCCGUUUUAUAUGCAGCUCACGCAGCUAGCGGAGGAAGGUUAGAUUUGGCCCCCUUGCCAGAGUGGGAUCUUGUUACCUGCUCUGAAGUGGAAACACUUAUAGGCCAAUUUGAGGCGGGCAAGGCACCCGGAGACGAUCUUAUUUCCAUAGAUGUUAUUAAAGCCAAUAAGGAUUGGUGGUGUCCACCCCUAGCAGCUCUUUUUACUUAUAUAAACAAAACAGCACAAUUUCCUCCAAGCUGGAACUCUGCACUGAUUGUGUUAAUUCACAAGAAAGGGCCGCGCACAGACCCGGCCAAUUUUAGACCAAUUAGCCUGCUAAAUGUUAUCGGGAAGAUCUAUUCAAGAUUUCUACUUAACAAAUUAACGACCUGGAUGGAAAGCAACAAUAUCAUCGCAGAGGAACAGGCGGGUUUCCGCCCGGAAGAUCAACAACAGACCAAAUCUUAAUCCUAAAUCACUUGGCCACCAAGUACGCUGGCAAUGGCCUAAAAGCCCUCCACGUCGCCUUUAUAGACUUUAAGCAGGCCUUUGAUCUAAUUCCCAGGAACCAGCUAUGGACAAAAUUGGCAGCGACAUCUAUCGACCGCCGCCUUCUCUUGCUGAUUAUUAAUUUGCAUACAAAUACCCUCUUGAGGAUUAGGAUAGAUAGUAAGGGGCUAGUCUCCAACCCGGUUGCCACCACUAGGGGGGUAAGACAGGGCUGUUUGCUUGCCCCUGCUCUGUUUAACUUCUAUAUAAAUUCGCUAGUGGUGCAUAUGGCAAAUGCUGAUUUCCAUCCACCAAAACUGGCAGGACGAGCCUUGAAUGUCCUACUGUAUGCGGACGAUGCCGCCCUAUUAGCUACCUCCCCAUCGGAUUAAGGAGGAUGCUUCGAGCUCUUCAUGAAUAUGAGACCCAACACGAGCUCCAAUUAAAUUAUGCCAAGACCAAAAUAAUGGUCUUUGCUGCUCGACCGAAACCUAAUUUAUGGUCAAUUAAUGGUAUUCCUUUAGAGCAGGUCAGUUGCUUCAAGUACCUGGGUCAGGUUGUAAGAUCAAAUAGGUCCUUCCUGGCGCACAGAGAAUACAUAGCCUCGAACGCAUCCAAAGCAGCCCUGAUGAUUAGAACCCUGUACUCCAAGAAACAGGCACAAACUGUCAAUGUUGCCUUACGUCUCUUUAAAAUGAAAGUCCUCCCUCUUCUGCUGGUGGGCAUUGCCUUGGGCUCACGUAGGGAUUUUGAAAAAUUGGAAUCUAUCCAAACCCAAUUCCUCAGGGCCAUACUCAGGAUCCCCCUCUGUGGCAGGUGCGAUCAUGAGGCUGGAAACCGGUUGUCAAGCCUUUAGGUAUGUGGCCCUGAAAGCGAAGUUAUGGCUAUGGCUCAAGCUCUGUUUCAGACCGGUGGGUUUGGCCCCCUUGAUUCUGAGGGAUAACUUUAAAUCUCCAUGGGAAGGGGAGAUAGUGGAGGAAGUGCAGAAGUGUGGGUUGUCCUCCCUUUAUAUAGAGUCCAUGACGUAUAGCCACGCAAAGGCGGUGAUCGCGCAAAGAUUAAGGGAUAUUGCCAGACAGGAGGACAUAGCCCGUGUGAAACCUGGGUUGUUUCUGGGGGAGCAGUUGUAUCGGGCUGCCCCAGCUCGCUACCUGGCGGAUAUCCACUACGUGGAAUACCGCAGACUAUUUACUGCGGCUAGGCUGAAUGUUCUUGACUCGGCGGUCCUGAAGGGAAGAUAUGGAGGAGUCCCAUAUGACCAGAGAUUAUGCCACUGUGCAUUGGGUGAGGUAGAAUCCACAGAGCACAUUUUAUUGAGCUGUCCCUUCUACAACGAUUUAAGACAGUAUCUUAUAACUCCAUACUUACCCCAGCUCAGUUCCCGACAAAGAGGAAAGCAGACAGCAUAUCUGCUAAAUAAGUCUUCUGGGAAAACAACCUUGUCAGUGGCUAAAUUUCUUUUCCUGGCACUCAAGUGUCGGAAACGUAUAAUUGAAUGCUUUGACGUGGGUUAUCUGUGAGAGAUCUAGUACCGUGGCUCUACCUUACUUAUGUACCUUAUGUAACUUAUGAUGUUAUAGUUUAUAAUUAUUGUGUAAUGUUCUAAUUCUGACUAUCGGUCGAAUAAAGAAAUUGAAGGAUUGAAGGCUUACUUCCUACCUUAAUUCCUUUAACUUCCGGUGUUUCCCUUAACCUUUUAUUAAACACUUCCAACACUGUUAUAAAUAACAAAGGGGAUAAAGGACAACCUUGCCUAGUCCCUUUGGCAAUAUCAAAGGCCUCCGAUAUAUUGUUAUUUAUUAUAAGUUUGGCAUUUUGCUCUUGAUAAAUUGCGUCAAUACCUUUUCUAAAUCCUUCACCAAUUCCCAUCAUUUUUAAAUUUUCCUUCAUGAAACGCCAGGAGACGUUGUCAAAUGCCUUCUCGGCGUCAAUGAAGAUCAGCGCCGCCUGUUUGUCUAUUCUAGUAUCCAAAUACUCAAUGAUGUCAAUCGCAUUUCUUACGUUGUCUUUCAGUUGUCUCCCGGGAGGAAACCCGUUUGGUCUUUAUGGAUUCUUUUAUUUAAGACUUUUUUAACCUUUCUGCCAGUACGUCUGCGAAUAAUUUAUAGUCGUUAUUUAGUAACGAAAUAGGUCUAUAAUUUUUACCUCUAAACCAUCUGUGUCUUUUUAGGGAUUAAGGUAAUAUACGCUUCUUUCCAGGUGUUUGGAAUUCUCCCUUCUUUUAAUACAUUGUUCAUGACUUCACAUAGCACUGGGGAAAUUUGGUCACUUAAUAUUUUAUAAUAUUUAGCCGAGAUACCAUCUGGCCCCGGCGCUUUUCCUAUUCUCAUUUUUUUUAUUGCUUUCCUAAUUUCUUCCUCUGUAAUUGUCUGGUUUAGAUAUUCUCUUUCUUCAGUCGUGAUCUGUUGCAAUUGGUAUUUUUUCAAGUAAUUUUCUAUCUCAUUAUCUAUCUCUCUUUCUCUUUUAUAUAGUUCCUUAUAGUAUUUCUGAAAUAUCUUCUUUAUCUCUUUUGGGUCCUCCACUAUCCUUUCUCCAUCCCUUAUCGUACAUAUCAUGUUUUGUUUUUUCCUCUCUCUUAAUUGCCAUGCCAGGUAUUUUCCUAUCUUAUUUGCUGAUUCAAAGUUCUUUUGUUUCAUCAUUUUGAUCCUCCAUUCAAUCUCCUGGUUCACUAUCAUAGAAAAUUGAGCUUGUAGCAUCCUUAUGUUUUGUUUUAAUAUUUCAUCUCCUGGUUUGAUGGUUAAUUGUCUUUCAUUCUCCAUAAGGUGUAGUAAGAUUUCUUCUUUCCUUUUCUCUUUUAUCUUUUUGAGAUGCUAUUUUUCUGAAUAAGAAAACCCCUCAUGACAGCCUUCCCGGCAUCCCACACCGUUUCUAGAGAUGUUUCUUUAUUCAAAUUCCACUUAAAAUAUUCCUCAAUUGUCUCUUUUGCUUUAUUUGCUAUCUUUUGAUCAUUAAAUAGGUUUUCGUUCAUUCUCCAUCUUAAUGUUCUGAAAUCUUUUCCUUUUACCUCCAUAUAUACUGGAUUAUGAUCAGAUAAAGUUUGUGGGAGGAUUUCAGUCUUAAUUACUCUUUGCGUCAAUUCCUUCGAGACCCAAAUAUGAUCUAUUCCCCCCAGCUUUGAUUUGGGUUUGAAAAAAAAGUGAAUUGUUUUAUCGUGGGGUUUUUAAAUCUCCAAGCGUCAAUUAAUCCCAAAUUUUCCACUAAUUCGAAGAAGGCUUUCGGUAAUUUGCCCUCCCUCAUUUCCUGUUUUCUUAUUGAUCUAUCCAAAUUUGGGAGAACCACUCCAUUAAAGUCCCCCAUCAAUAUCAUUUGUUGGUCCAUCCAUUCUAACAAUUUGUUACCUAGUUCAGAAUAAAAUGCUGAUUUUUUGUCAUUGGGUGCAUAUAUCCCUACCACGAUUAUCUUUUCUCCUUGGUGGGUGAUCUGUACUGCUAUCGUUCUCCCCUCUUCGUCUUUAUGUAUUAAUUUUGGAUCAAAUUUUUCUUUUAUAUAUAGUACCACUCCUCUUUUCUUGACAUUAUCCGAUGCUACAAAGUCCAACCCCAAUCUCUUAUUACUUAAAAUUCUUUUAUGUUUUUUUGUUACAUGGGUUUCUUGCAGACAGAUUAUGUCAAGGUUCUUUUUAAGCAAUACAUGAGCAAUUUGGUUUCUUUUAUUUUUAUUAUUGAGCCCGUUCACAUUCCAUGAGGUUAUUUUUAAGGUCAUUUUUAAUGUACAAUCAGUAAGUGGUCAAAUCUAGGUUAGGUCUACUGCUCCUUGUUAUCUGUCUCUUCCUCUUCUUUUUCUUCGUCUAGGUUUUCCUCCUCUUCUCCCUCUCCACUUUCUUCACCUCCACCCCUCUCUUCCCCCAUCUGCGCCCCUUCUGGAUCCCCCCCUCCCAACCUUCCCAGUUCCUUCUCAUAUCUUCUUGCAAAUUUAUCCAAUUCCAGAGAGCUGGAUAGUUUGAAUCUUUUUCCUUGAAAUAGAAUGAAAUCCCUUCCGGGAACUCCCAUCUAUAUUGGAUCCCUAUCUUCUUCAAUUGGUUAGUUAGUUUUUUAUAAACAUCUCUCUUACGAAGAAAUCUCGAAGGAAUCUCUUUAAAUAUAAUAAUUGGCUUUCCCUCAAUACAUAAUUUUUGAUUAUAGUUUAACUUUAGUAUUUCAUUUCUCAUAUCCAGAGAGUUAAACAUGACCAGGACAUCUCCUGGCAGUUUCUUCCCUCUGGCUUUGGCUGAUUUUGUUUUUAUCCGAAAAAUAUUUGCAACUGAGUAUCCUAUGUCCUCUUCCUUCAUAUCUAACCAAACUGCCAAUUCUCUAACCAGUUUAGAUCGUAUGUUUUCAUUAGGUUCCUCAGGGAUCCCCCUAAAUUUCAGGUUUGAUUGUUUCUGUCUCAUUUGAGUCAUCGCCACACUAUCCAGUAACUCUUCCUGUAUUUUAUUUAUCUCCUUCACCUCUGUCUUAAUCCUAUCCAUAUCUUUCUUAUUUUCUUUAGUAUCUUUUUGAACCCUUUUCAUUGAGUCUUCAAGUACUUUGGAUCUUAGAGAUAAAUCUUUUACUUUUCCUGUUAACUCUCCCACCACCCCUUCUAAUCUCUUAUUCAAUGAAUCUUGUACUUCCAGUAAUUUUUCUCGAUAUAUUGUUCGUUAUGUUUAAACUCUUUCCUUAUUUCAGCCAUCAAAUUAUCAUAGUCCUUAAUUUCUUUCCCCUCUUUCCCAUUUUCUUGUCUGGAUGGUCUCCUUUCAGCAGGCGUUCCCACCCCCUUCUUCAUUUUGUAUUUCUAUUAGUCUUAAUUAACUAAAAAAAAAUAAAAAAAGAAGAAAAAAAAGGAAGAAAAAAAGAGAAAAAGAAAGAAGAAAAGAGAGAUUAAAAGAAAAAAAAAAGAGGCAAAAGAAGAAAAAGUUCUUUCCCACCCCUAGGGGUCGCUCAACUGUAGUUUAGGAAAUUUCUUUGUUUUCCCAGUAUAGUACCUUUCUGGCCCCACACGGUGGCGCUUUACUUGCAUUCACCCUUUUAAAUCUUCAGUAUGCAGUCUCUUUCCACUCACAGCUAGGGGGUCAGUUUGGUAGAUCGUUUACAGUCGUUUACAGUCGUUUACAGUCACAAAAAGCAAAUGAGAAGGAGAGAAAGUUCUCAGAAUUUAGGUCCUAGAAGAUAAAUAAAAUAGGAAACAUCAAGACACGUAUGGGAGAAAAGGAAGUGGGGGUAAAUCCGGCUCAAUACUUUCCAGGAAAUAGGGAUGAUGUGCGGGGCGGGUUUCAAAACCCGGGGGGGGGGUCAAAAGUGAACCAAAAGAUUUUCACGGAGAGGCAGCAGGAUCUAGCAGGAUCUAGCAGGAUCGUAAAGUCUUGCCGAGGUACUGUGUUUAAAUCUUCUUUCUUUCCUUUUAUUUCGGCUUAGCCGUUUACUCCCCGUUUUCUGUAGUGGUAGGUUAAAUAUUUAAGGCGCCCAAAUUAUCUUCUCCUGGAUGAUUUACAGCUGUGUACCACUUUAAGAGGAAAGCGAGAAGUGGAUCACACAAUGGCGUCGGGAGGUUCCACUGUUUUCCAAAUUUCUCCUCUUACAGUUCACUUUCUACUCCCCAGCCUCUCGUCGUGUCCGCUCCUCUCAAUAGCAAACUCAGCUUUCAGUCAAUUAAGCACCAAAUAAUAAAGAGAAACAGUUUCAGCUUGAAUCCAUUAUACAGGGGGAGGUAUAUACAGGAUGCCGUAACUCAGCAUAAAGUCUCACUUAAAUAUCCUAGACUGGGUGAAAAAUUACCAUCCCUUUCAGUCGCUGGCGUAGCACGCUCCGACCAGGGUAGAGCAGAAAUGUUUCUAUCCGCUUUUCAAAUAUUCAGCUAUUUUCAAUCAGUUCACUGCCUCAGAAUUUUACACUUUGUAUCUGAGGUCUCUCCGCCACGCCCACUCGGCAGUUACAGUCUCUCUCCCUCUCCUCUCCCAGUCUUCCGUUACACGCCCAUUACUCUUACCGCAAAAGCAAAUUCCUUCUUCUUUCAUAUCAUAGUAUCUUUGUUCCGCUGGUUUCUAUAACUUAAAUUCAGUCUGUUAUUGUUUUGGUUGUAACCCAGCUUCUUAAUUGUUGUUGGAGGCUUGCCGCUUUCACUCGGAGCCUGAGGCUUCACAACGCGAGGUCUGUUGCUUCCCUUUCAUGCUGCAGCUCCGAUCCUGUUCUCAAACUUGAUUUAAAAUGUCCGAAAAACAGGAGAGCACCGGCAGCACCGCCAGGUACCUGUCCCCCAAGAUAAUCCUCUUGGGGUUUCGAGGUCCACGGAGCCUUCGUGACACCUCUAGACCCCCGCGUUGUUCGAGACCCCCCCGGAGGGCAGCCUCGCGCUCCUUUCCUGUGGCUGCGGUUCGCCGGAAGUCGGUGUCCUGUCGGUUUCUCAAUGACAUUUCUUCCUUCUUGGGUAUUAUUAGGUAUUCAGAUGAUAUUUGGGACAUAUGAAUAGCUAAGUCUCACUACAUAGGGGAAAAAAUAAAAUAAUUCCUUCCAGUAGCACCUUAGAGACCAACUAAGUUUGUUAUUCGUAUAAUAAUAAUAAUGAUAAUAAUAAUAAUUUAUUAUUUAUACCCCGCCCAUCUGGCUGGGCCUCCCCAGCCACUCUGGGCGGCUUCCAUAGAAACCAAAAAUACAGUAAAAUAUCACACAUUAAAAACUUCCUGAACUUCCUGAGCUGCCUUAAGAUGUCUUCUGAAUGUCAGGUAGCUGUUUAUCGCUUUGACAUCUGCUGGAAGGGCGUUCCACAGGGCGGGCGCCACUACCGAGAAGGCCCUCUGCCUGGUUCCCUGUAGCUUUGCUUCUCGCAAUGAGGGAACCGCCAGAAGGCCCUCGGCGCUGGACCUCAGCGUCCGGGCAUAACGAUGGGGGUGGAGACGCUCCUUCAAGUAUACUGGACCGAGGCUGUUUAAGCUUUCAUGUGCAUGUACACUUCUUCAGAUACCAUGCAUAUGAAAGCUCAUGCCAAUAGCAAACUUAGUUGGUCUCUAAGGUGCUACUGGAAGGAAUUAUUUCAUUUUGUUUCGACUACGGCAGACCAACACGACUACCUACCUGUAACUAGUACUUAGGAAAAAUUAGUUUAGGAAACAAAUCUAACUAAGGCGAAGUCAGAAAAAGUGAUGAGAAAAAUCUGACCAGUUUUAUUUGGGUUGGCAUCCAUGACAGAAGAGUGAUGCUCUCUCCAGACUGAGAUGCUAGUUUGUAGCUGGCAACACAUCAUACAAUAUUAUAUUUUUUUAACAGCCGACAGUCUCCAUAUAAUUAGGUUGUUUCACAAUUCCUGUUAAACCCUGCAUUUCAGUUGGAGGUGCUGUGCAUAAUUCAAAGCAGGGAGGAAACAAGAUGAACCGCGCACUGCAAUUGUUUUUGCAUGUUUAGCGACGUCUGUUUCACCUUUAAUCUCUCUCUGUGCCAGGUUCCCAGGACGAACAGAAAUCCUGAGAUUUCUUUUGAAUGCAUACAUUCAUUCAUCUUAGAUUCAGAAAUGGUUUUUUUGUGUGGCAUGUUCUUCCUUUUGAGCUUCUCAGAUCUGGAUUUCCUCAUCCUGUUCUUGGUUAAAUUAAAUGAAUACUCUUGCAGGAAUGUCCUCAGAAUUUGUGUUGCAAAAGAUGGUUCCACUGUUAUUCAUCUAAAUCACAGUUGUACAAAACUAUAGUGUCUUGAUGGACAAUGAAAGUAUUCAAGAUUGACACCUAAAACUGUCAAAAUGUUAUCCAUAGUUACCCAGAUGUUGUUUAUCAUUGACCAUGAUUGUUACAAUUUAAAUCAAAGCAUCAAGGUAUAAAAUUGACCCCUGUAUCUUAAUAACUUAGUUGUUUUACAAAUGCGCCAUAUAAAAUAUGCAGUUUUAGUACAGAUGCUUUAGGUGGUGGUGGGGAAAUGGAAACAAGAUUUAGGACAAUAUGAGACUCCUGGGGAAGUGAGCAGAUCUGUACUCAUGCUUAAAUUGCAGCAUUUUUAAAAAUCCUGCAAAAAUGUUUUGUUUUGUAAGGCCUGUUGAAGAUGCUGUGGAGUUUUUGGAACUAGUUAAUAAGGGCUUACAACUGAGAGUCAAACACCCGACACUUGUGCACGCUCAUUCCUCGCGUUCUCAUCUUGUGAUAACCUUGACAGUAACCACAAAGGCUGACUCAGAGGAUAACUUGGGUAAGUUGCCUGUUUCUAGAAUACCUCUAGGAUUGUCAUGGAAGCCACUACCAAACAAAGUAUUUGCUUUGCUUUUACUUCAUAUCUAGCCUUUCAACCAGAUCAGAAAUGUAAUUGGCUAGUCUGCUUUAAUGCUGACAUUGAAUUCCAAUCUGAAACUCGCUGCAACCAUUUCCUAUUAUUUAAAUUCAAGCUGCAGAAAAACCUGAGAGCCACUGGUUAGGAGAAAUUCUGGGACUAACAUGUGGGUGCUCCUUCCUAGCUAUACACUACAUUGUAUAGUGUACAUCUCAUGACUCCUGCUUUUCCAGUUUUAAGUUAGGUUUGUUAAAUUUAUACCCCUCCUCUUCUAGUCAAAGGCCUAGACAGCUCAUUUCUAUAGAAUUCCAUCACAAAAAUUGAACUAUAAUAAAAUAAUAUUAUAAACUGUUAUAAUUACUGGAUCCACCCUUAGUCCUAACCCAGAAACUGAACUGAACAGAUUCCCCACCCCUCCUGCAUGUCUUACUUUGCUUCUGUGGGGUCAGAAAUAAACUUUUCUCAUUAUUUUUCUUUCCUUCACCCAGCAACUCCUUGGGCAGGUGACCGUUUGAGUCCAAAGAUGUGUAGAAAACAUUUCCUCACUUCUCCUUGCUCAGUGAAAGAUGACAAGCCCUCCCUUCCUUCUAGAGCUUCUUCUCCGACGCUGUUUUUCAAUGAAUCUACAGAAAAACUUAAGCGAAUGAGAACGAAACUGCAGCUGGUGGAUUUGGCUGGCAGUGAAUGUGCUGGUAAAGUAGCCUUUGGGACAAAACAUUUCCACACUUGUGAAGGUGGAAACCUACCUUGGGAUCGGUUUGUAUUGAGUAAAUUUAGCUAGUUCAUGUAGAAGCUGUGGACAACAUAUUCCGCUCCAAGGACCACAUCUGAAAUGGAUCUGGUUAAACUGUUACUGUCAGGUCCGUGUGCCUGUUGAGUGUGGACUGGUUACUUGAGAUCCAUAAAGUGCUUAGCCUGCAAAUAACAGCUACAGAGCUCCCAAGCAGGGCUCCAAAACUUUGACAUACCUUCAAGGUUUUAUUUAGUUACAAUCUUUCUGAUCUUUUGCUAAAUUACCGUUGUGUUUUGGUGCAUCCCAUAUCACACCAGAGUCAUCCAUUUGCCUUUUAACUCCCCCUCUUUCAUUUUUCCUAGAAUUCACUGAUGCCCUCUUUCCUGAUCUUUAAAAGCUGGUCUGGGUAGAGGCCCUAGUACCAAAUAUUCCUUGAGUGCUCCCCACCCCUCCUAACUUGAGUAUUUAGUUAGUAAUUUACCAAAUACCAGUGACGUAUUGCAUGAAAAUUUGUAGCAGUUUCUGUCUCUAGAGGAAGUGUUUUGUAUUCAAACAAUGGAGGAGGAAAUAAUCCAUUUUUAAGAUGGAUUCUCCCCUCUCCAUGGCCUUCAAGGCAUCUUUGAAGCUUUGCCCCCAACACCAAUAAGCUAAUUGGCACUGAAAUCGCAUAUUCAGAAGAUGUUGCUCUUAGCACUGUUCAACUGACAGGUGUCAGUCACCUGAUAUCAUUAUGGCAUCAGGUGAUGGGUGCAACCACACACCUGUCAGAUUUGAUCUUCGGGGCAGCUAAGUAUCUGGCCCACAGUCAGAUUCAGUUCCCAACCCCUGCAAUACAAUGAGCUUUCUUGGGUAGUUUUGGAGCAAAGUGGCAUUUACUUUGUCUAUUAGCAAUAAUGCACGCCAUAUACUCUUUGAAUAGAGAUGCUGCAGGCAUCCUCACUUUUGACUUUCAGGCAUCUUUCAAAAACUUUCUAGUGCCAAAAGGCCUUAGCAGUUGUUGUUGUUGUUGUUUAAAAAAGAGUAGCCAUUAAUUUUAAUUUUUGAUCGGUAUUGCAUUAUACUGUUGUUUUGCCUAAAUUUAAGGCCCAGCUCCUGACCGUCACUGAUCUUGGAGCAUAAGUGUCAGGGAACUGACAUCGGAGCUAGAGGUGGAGGGAAGGCUCUCUGAUGAUGCUGGAGAAGGGCCCAGCAGGGAGAGAGGCAGUUCAGCAGAUGGGGAAGCAAUUCAGUGCAACACCAGGAAUAAGGAGGGGCAGAUGGGGGAAUCGGCGAGAGGGCUCCCAGACUCUUCACCGGACACCAGCGGGAGAGCACUGGUCCUCCGCUACCCACGCCCUCCCUGCACAGAAGACUUCCGCGCAGAGAAAGUAGGAGGAGACUGGGUGUCAAACAACUUUUAUGUUGGAAAAGGUUUAAGAAACGCCCACUGAUGGAUUCUGCUAGCGACUGAGGCAGCCACGAAUUGAAGGGCUGUCCAGACAGAAAGGUUUAACAAGGCAACAUAGCCAGGAGAGGCGGCAACUUACGCACGAGCAACCCCAUACCAUUACAAUAAGCAAAGGGGGCACUCGGUGACAUAGCUGUUAAGAGGGGCCUGAAUUCCCCAGUUCCUCUCCUACCUUGAUGCACAGUCACAGUUCAGCACAAAGUUUGUUCAGGCUGCUGCUUAAUAGGUAUUACCUUUCUGGUGCUAAACCACCUAGGAAUGCCUGCAAUUUAAAGCUCACAAAUGAUUUAAAUACAUCAAAUAUUUGUCCAGAUCAACAUAAUUCAGUGUGGCUUCUUCAGCCUCCUUAUGAAAAACAAUACCAGGAGGGAUGUUGAUGCAUCCUGUAAGCAAUUUCCUGUUUUCUUUGGCUCCCUCCCCCCUCCCCCCAUGCUUUCUUCCUCUUCAAACGCAGUCCUUUCAGAAACCUGAUUAUUUAUUUCCUAAAGGACAAGCUUCCUUACCAAGAAAAGCCUCUCAGUCAAAUGCAACAUUCCAGAAAUAAUGUUUUGAAAACUGAACCUAUGUUAUGAAAGAGCUCUUUACGUUGCUGCCAAGAGUUCUUUUCACUGGUCACAUUUUUUUAAAAAACACAACUAUUAAAAGAUACACAUAUUAUUUGUUGUGGGUGUUAAAGCUUUCUUCUACUUCCCCCCCUUUUAGCCAAUAUACAGUUGAGCAAUCCUGUGAUGUUUCCACUGCUUCUUGAGGGCAACCAUUUGUUGGUCUGUUCUUUUGAAAGACCAGAUCUCCAGGUGGCACCACUCGGCAUCAUUAAUGAACUGCAGUGAUUAUCGCCAAUUUGUCUCCGCUAAUAUUUUACAUAAUAAAUAGGUUAACACCACAAUCCUAAGAAUGUUUAUUCAAAAUUAAAUCCAUCUGUGUUCAGUGGGACUCAUUCCCAAGUAAAUGGGUUUAGAAUUGUAGCCUAAACUCUGCUCAAUUUCUGGAAGACAUUUUUUUGCUUGGAUAAAAUCACAUCAGCUUUUCCAUUUAGACUACAGUGGUACCUCAGGUUAAGAACUUAAUUCAUUCUGGAGGUCCGUUCUUAACCUGAAACUGUUCUUAACCUGAAGCACCACUUUAGCUAAUGGGGCCUCCUGCUGCUGCCAUGCCGCCGGAGCACGAUUUCUGUUCUCAUCCUGAAGCAAAGUUCUUAACCCAAGGUACUAUUUCUGGGUUAGUGGAGUCUGUAAGCUGAAGCGUAUGUAACCUGAAGCAUCUGUAACCCGAGGUACCACUGUAUUUAAUUUUAAUGGGUCAUCAUCAACAACUUUUGAGACUGGUAUAUAUGUCUUAUCAGAGUCAACAUUGGUUUAUUAUUUAUUUAAGAUGUAUACAUGACACUUUUCAGGUGAACAUCAUAAGGCGACUUAUAAAAAAGCGUUUAAAAAUAUUAAUUAAAAUUUCAGAAUAAAACAGCAAAAAAAUGCAAUGACUACAAAACCUUUUUUAAAAAAAAGAAGGGAAAGUUUAUUGAUUUGUAGUGUAUUUUUUGAAAGCUAGAUCUCCUUCAGUAGGGGAGGGAAAGACCUCGGCAGAAACACUAUAAGCUAGAUUAGGCUUCCUCAAACUCGUCCCUCCAGUUGUUUUUGGCCUACAACUCCCAUGAUCCCUAGCUAGCAGGACCAGUGGUCAGGGAUGUUGGGAAUUGUAGUCUCAAAACAUCUGGAGGGCCGAGUUUGAGGAAGUCUGAGCUAGAUGGUGAGUGGCUCUCUAAGCUUGUCUGUCUUUUCUUUCCAUAUCUGUAAUUCCUCCCCUCAGGAAAAAUGGUCGUCAGGUAUCCCUGUAGGUUGUGGGAGGGAAAGGUCAAUUCAGCUGAAACAGGUUUUGUUUUAUUUUAAGUGGGUUUGUCCCAUGUCGUCAGUGCCAACUUUCACCCCUUGUGAAUGUAUUAAAAUAAAAUGAAGUUGACCUGGUAGAAACACUUCAAAAAGUAAUGAGAACCUCUGUAUGAGAAGUGUACUGUAUAUCCAGGUGUCUGGAAGCAUGGAGUUGUGCUCGUUCUCACUGCUCUGUUUUCUUUUCCUGUGCACUAGGCAUGUCUGGUGUGACCGGGUCAGUCCUGAGAGAGACAUCCUUCAUUAACCGCAGCUUGUCUGCUUUGGCCGAUGUGCUUGGAGCCAUAUCAGAACAGCGCUCUCAUGUGCCAUAUCGAAACAGCAAACUUACCCACUUACUUCAGGAUUCCAUAGGUGAGGAGAGCUGGCCUGCAUUCAGCCUUUCUUCCAUUCAGUUUGAAAUUCAUCUGUGUGAGAUAUUUCUCACCUUGAUCUUAAAUUCAAGAAACCCAGAUGGUGAUAAAACAGGAUGCUGCGUCAGAAAUCUUCUGGCUUUGGGGUGUGCUUUCCCCCCUGCUUAAGCAUGACUCUUCAACUUUGGCAGCUAUGCAGCAAGCAUGCAUUCAAUAGGUAAAGAUUUGUCCACCAUUGCAUUGCAAUGAGGAGAAAAGCUGCACCUGUUGAAGGUUUACCUGUUUGGUACCUACUAAAGACAUGGAAGCCUUUCCACACAUGCCAAAAAUUAGCAUAUGCAUAUUCUAUCUAUUUGGCUGGUUCUUUAUCUUGUGCACAAGCCCUUAAUUAGGCAAAAGAAGUUGAACUGAGAAAAGGACUGAAAUACUCAGGAUGAAACAAGCCCAAAACAGUGUUUGUGUGAACUGAGAUGUGCAUGUGUGAAUGAACCUUUCAUUACUAGGCAUAUAUGUUUUUUCUAUCCUGCUCCUGGAAAAUGUGAAAUUAUGAAUAAAUUUAUAAUUUCAUGAGGUGAGAACACAAUGAAAAGCGUCCUCUCAAAUUUAAAAUGUGAUUAUCAGGAAACCUGGGUUCACUCAAACUUUUGAAAGAGUGUCGCCUUUGGCAUGUUCCUUAAAUCCAGCAAAGUUUUUAAUUUAACUUUAUACUUAAGCUGCUAUUUCCCCUGCCCACACCAUUUGUGGGACCAGCCUUAUUAAAAGACACAACCCAGCAAUUUCCACUAGGUCUACGGCUUCCAUUACGAGGCCCCCGGAAUUUAAUCUUUGCACUCUGAUUCGGAGGUGUACAAUUUUCUCACAAACCUUACUAUCUCUUCUGCCAACACUCCCCUGCAGAUGCAGACACCUACAAAUACAGUCAUAUAGAUAUGAAAGAGCUGCCUUUGUUUCUGCAUACGCCGAUAUUGUUCUGCCCCUGGAAUCUUCUUCCUCAAAGGCAGUCGUUUUCUGUGCAUGCCAUUGUGACUGGCCUGCUAGCCAUUUCAGUCAUCUUCCCAAUAGAAACAUGUAAAAAUAAAAGGGUGGGUGCACUUCUUACAUUGGGAUUCACAUAGAUAAUCAUGCCAGAGUUAGAUUAUGGCCUUGCACAGCAGCUUACUUAAAAUUAGUGUUUAUUUAGCCCUUCCAACCCUACCCUAAAUAAAUGCUUUGCCUUGUGAAAUGGACAAGAUUCACUUUGCAAUUUAUUGGAAAAAAAAUCUGUGAAUAUGUAUGUCUUGUUUGUUCUUCUUAGGGGGCGAUGCGAAGUUGCUGGUGGUGCUGUGUGUCUCCCCCAGCCAAAAGUAUAUCACAGAGUCACUGCAAACCCUGGGGUUCGGAUCUCGCGCACGGCAAGUUCAGAGAGGGCACGCAAAGAAAAGAAACCAACCAGCGCUGAGCAAGUCCAAAUAAGAAACACGACUCCUGUGGAUUGAAGCAUUAUUAAUGAGUUCCUCAGACUGAAAUGUAUCUUGUUGUCAUAAAGCUGAAAACUGCCAGUUAAAAUAAGCACUCCAUAUUGGCAAGCCCUAAAAUUGCUUGGCAGUGUGUCUUUGUUCCAAGAAUAAUUGCAUGAGUUAACAAACAGCUACCACUAAGGGUAGCUGAGCAUGUCUAUCAUUCCUUUUUGGGAGAGCAGUGGGAUGAUGAUGUUUUACAAGGCAAAUCAUUUUGGAAUAGCAAAACAAGGGCAGAACCCCCCACGGCUGAAAUCUCUGUUACUUAGUGCUGCUAGCUAACAGAGCAGAGCGACAAGAGAAUGCCAGACACAUUGCGGUGCACAGUGGGUGGCAUCUACCAUGAAGAAUUCAAUCAGGCUAGCUGCUACAACUCCUAGAUCUCUUUCCUGCUCAGUCACUUCCCGUUUGGACCCCAAAUGUAUAUAUGUGAAGUUGGGAUUUUUUGUCCCUGUGAACAACACUUGACAAUUGCUUAUGCUGAAUCACACCUGCCAUUCUAAUUACAAUUCACCCAGGUUGGAGAUAUCCUUUUGGAGCUCCUCACAAUCUCUUUUUGUUUUAAACACCCCAAACAGAUUGAUAUUAUCAGCAAACUUGGUUACUUCACUGCUCACUGCCAACGCAAGUAAGGAAAUCUGUUGUGUAAUUUCCCUUGGCAGUGAGCACAGGGGAGUAAACAUUUGCUUGGAUAUUUUUAUUAAGGAGAAAACACUUAAUUAAAAUUCAGCUUCAGAAGAGAGAAUAUUCCUGCUCAGAGCUUUACAACAUAUCAGAAUCUCAAGUGAUUUUUUAAAAAUAUUUUGGUCACAAAAUAAAUUGGCUGUAAUUUCCUCAUGUCUAAUUUCCUUAAUCUGAUUUAAGGAUACUGUGACAUCUUGGAUAAUAAGGAC